AGCCUCACGAGAGGUGGCUGCAAUUCAGUGGCGAUGCUUCCUAGCGAUCAAUUCAUCGGAAUUACUUCCGAGUAAGCACGCCUAGGACCGAAGUGUAAAGGCGCUGCGAAAGCUCGCCGAAGACAGGAAACGCAAAUAAUUAAAAAUUGACUUCGGUCCCGGGAAUCUUCCUCCAUUGCCACCGGCGGAAGUUUUGCAUGUUGAAUUGCAAUGUGAGCGCAUCCUUGCAAUGUAAAGGGAUGGAGAGCGUUCCUGUCUCUUUUAAUGGAAACCUGGCUUUGUUUAUUAUUUUAAGCAAUAUUUCCUUGUUUUCCCUUCUUAUGCGGUUCCCCCUUUUUUUUGUCUGUAUCUCCUCUCCUCUCUUUUUUUUUAAAAAAGAAAUUCUACAAUGGAGUUUCCUAUUGGAUAGCCUCGGCUCCCUGAUUGAUGCCUGCCUCCCAUUGGAGCCGUGCAGAAGCUGACAUCACUUAGGGAAAAAGGGGCUGGGCUGGAGCGCACAGUUUGUCACCACCCAGCCUCCUUUGCCGUCGGCUGGGUGCAACUUCCAUUUUAGGUGUUGGAGCUGAGCGAGGGGGGGAGGGCGAAAGAAAAAGCGAGAGAAAAGGUCCCGCAGGAAAAGGAGGAGGAGCAGGAGAUCGCUGCAGCGCUCCUCGGGUUUUUUUUUCGUCGCCUUUUGUGUGUGCGCGCGCUGCCGCUGGUGUUUUUAUAUAUAUAAAAAAGCUCCCUUUGAGAUUUUAUUCUUGGAGUCUUUAGUGCUUUUGUUAGGAAACGGCACGCUUUUUUUAUUAUUUCCCCCUCCCGCUCGCCCUCUGCCUUGCAUUUGCAGCGGGACAAAAAGGCGUCUGGUCCCGUGCAGUCUCUACACGAAGUUGUCAAGCUGAAUGAUCAGAGGAGGAAACUGAGGAGCACUUGGGUCGGCGGCGACUCUCACGGACGCGAGAAAAGAAAAGCCUGCCUCUUCUCUCCAGCCCCCCCUCCCCGCCACACGCCUCUUUUUUAAAAAAAAAAACAAAAACCUGUAAGAAGGGAAGAAGUAAAACUUGCUUAGUUAGCAUUCGAGAGAGGGGCUGCGCGAUUCCCGAAGGGGAGAGUGCGGGGGGCAAAAAAGACAAAGGUAAGGCGGUGCAUUACAAUAAAAGCACCUCUCCCCUCCCUCCCUUGAAGAAAAACUUUUGUGUUGUGUGGAAGGUGGUGUGCAUUGGAGGGCUGCUGGCUCCCCCCUUUCUCCUCCCCCUCCCUUUCUUGUGGCGACUGAAGGAGAGGAAUGUGAGGGGAGUUCCUGGGGAAGGAGGUUUCCCUCCCCCGGUUUCCCAAGGUGCCGCUUCGGAAGAGAGGAGAGAGAGAGGAGUUGGGCCGCGCGCGUCGCUCUCCCUCGCGGCUCCCGUGUCAAACGCGCUCCGAAAGGCACCGGGCUGGGUGGAUCCCAUUUUGCUUCUCCCCAGGUGCGUUUGGGUGGGGGCCUCUUUCUCUUUCUCUUGUUCUCCAGAGGUUGCUUCGAAACGGACUCCCUAGUGAGCCGCUCGGAACUCGACUCUUCGGGUAGAAGGGCGCAAAAGUCCUUUGUUUUUUCUUUUUUUAAAGUAGGGGCUGCUAGCCUCCGCCUUUCAGGGAGUGGGGAGUGGGCCUUUUGCCAUCGGGCAUUGAGAGGUAACUGGAUUUUUAUCUACUGGUCUAAGCAACCUUGCCUUUGUUUUAAAGGGUUGAGAUUUUUCAAAAACGCUGAAGCCUUUUCGUCGGCUAGCCUUCAGGCGACUUGCGAACUUUUUUUUUUUUUACCACUUAUUCCCUAAAUCGUUAAAAUAUUUGGGGGCGUCUCUAUAAAAGCAGGAAUGUUCAUGAAACCAGCUGAUGCUUAGGCUUAUAUUUCAUUAGGAUGGGUCUCCCACCAGUCAGAAGUACCGUCGGCAUUCAGGAUCUUGGUUAGCUGUACCCUGAAAUCUUUGUAAGAAACUUAACUGCAUUUGCUCCCACAUUUAUCUGAUUCUUUCAUCCAUCCCCUCUCUUGUUUUUCCUACUGUCCUCUCCCAUUGUUAAAUUUUAGGCUUCUUUUGGGCAGAGAUGUGCCUCUGUUAACUCUAGAAAAGUGCGGUGAUCGGGGAUGUGUGAAUACCUGCCCCCCCCAUAGAACUUGUAAUUAUAGUUUGGAUUUCUUAUUAUUCAAGACAGGAGUUCAAAGGGGGAUUCCUGGGGAAAGCAUGCUCUGGAUUCUGGAUCUUGUGGAGGAUGUGGAUCCCAGACAAAGAUGCUAACAUCCAAAAGCAAUUUUCACAGACCACCAUACCCGUAUUGUGCUGAGUGGAUAGAAUAGCAAAAGGAGGAGCAAUUCACAAUGCAGCUGUCGGAGAGAGUUGGUUGAGUUCCUGUACUGUCCGUUCUGUGCCAUUUUGUUUCUUCUGCUGUUGCUUGUCCAGGUCCUCUGAGGUAGAGAAUCCAGUGGAAUUGCAGUACAGUAGUAACCUGCCUUGGCCACCAAGCCCUUAAGAAAGCUCACUCUCUGUGAGGCCCGAACACAAAGACACUUCAAAAAGGAGCAGGGAGGGGCUUUCUGUGUUUGGGUCUAACAAAACAAGACAGGGCAGCUUGUGAGUUCAGAAGUCUUCCCUAUAACACAAUCAUAUAUAUCUAAAAUGUUAGAAAUCCUGGCUUUCUGCCAAUGGGAACAAAUGCGUGCAGUGAAGAAGAGAUUGUCCUGUCCUCCAGUACAAAGGAAGUAUGGGAUUGGCAGAGUGCAGGCACUCUCCCUGCCUCCUUUGAGAUCUACAGAGAAAUGCCUUAAUAUCAAAGGACUGGUAGUUAUGGGGCUCUUGCCAUUAUCUCUCUUCCCCUUUUGCUUUGUGGUAGUACCACUUGGGCUGAAUAUACAUUUCCUGGAGAGGUGAGCAGCCACUGAUCUUUUUUAUAGUCCAGGCUUUGGGAGGGAGAAGCUCGUGAACAAAGUGAAGGUUUCUUGUGGCAAAGGAGAUGGAUCCUAUAUAGCUUAGCCCUCAUGCUUUUGCAGUGGUUCCUUUGGGGUGGUGGGGAGGGACAAAUUGGCGGGUGGUGGGGUAUCACCUAAGCUCCACCUGAGUGGAGUAAAUAGACUGAACCAUUGAAAACUCAUUGACUCCUUUUCUGCACCUGUAUGGACUGAGACCAAAAAUGUUUCUGGCCAGCCUAGUGGAUGACUUGGUGGGAACAUGAAACCCUUUCAGAAAAGUAGCACGUAAACACAUGUGAGUACUCUGUAAAGCUCAUGGCCGCCUUUUGAGGAAGCAAAGUUCAGCACUCUGGUACCUGAGUUGCAGACUGCUUGCUUGCACUCUGGGGUGGGGCAGUGUGCUAGGCUGAGCACAUGCUGAGGGGAAUUUCCCUCACCUCCAUUUUAAAGAGAAGCAUGACUUCUCAAAGGCCAGCAGUAAAUCGAUGGUAGAAAGGCAGCUGCAGCUCCCACCUUAAGAGAAGGUCAUAAUAAACUUUAACUUCCUGAGCUAAGGAACUUUUUAGGACUAUAUUGUAGUGGACAGUGUUGCAUGUGAAUAAGGUAGUUCUGUGUUACUUAGCCAAAAGGUCCCCUGGUUAUAAAAUCCAUAAGAAGUGUCAUCUGUUAGCUAUAUCUGUAGUCAGGAACUGCAUGCUUAAUCUCUGCUUGAGAUACCUUGCAGGGCUGUUGUGAUUAUAAUAAAAUGGAAUAACCCCAAAUGUGCCAUCUAGAGCUCCUUUCAGAAAGGAUGGGAUGCAGCAUGAUAAACAUGGUGCUGCCAUAAAGGGCCACAAUCUGAAGAUUGUGGGGAAGCUGUGACCUUCCAGUUACUGCUGGAGUACAAUUUCCAUCAUCCCUGGGCAUUUGGUGGUCUGGCUGGGUCUGGUGGGAAUCUUGAGUCCCAUCAACAUUUGAAGGGUCACUGGUUCCCCAUCCCUGAUAAAAGGAGCAUCAGCCUUGUGCAUCUUGGAUUUUAGCUGCACUACUGGUUUUGCACACCUUGUGUUACUCUCAUCAAGCCUAUAGUAAUCUGGAAUGGGCUGGGGACAGGCUUCUGUGCUUAGCAAGCAAGGUUGAAAAUUUGAGAGAGGACAGUGAUGCAAGGCAGAACAAAUGUGUCUUGACAGCUCAGUGGUAAAGUGGGGGACAGGGUUGAACAGGAACAGGCAAUAGCAGCGGAACUUGCCAUACCACACUUGGUUCCUCUCCUCAUAUUGGCUCUAGAUGGGGAUAUUCUAUAUUUAUAUCUGCAUAUAGUGCUCCUAACUUUCAUUUUUGAGAAGUGGCAGACCUGGCUGGGAUGGCUUCUGCAGUUUUUCAUUUGCUUAAAUCUCGAAGUGGGCUUAAGUGAGGAAGUGGCAAGCUUGGAAAUCUUGCAGCUGCUGAGUUUUGGGUGUGCGGCUAGUUGCAUGGUAGAAAGAUCUCAUCCACAAUCAUGUUUGUUGUUUCUGAAAUGCUGGCAAAGGGCCUGGGUGGACUUCUACUUAUUUUUAUACUUGUCCUUGAAUCUGAAAUUUGCCAAGCUAAUUAUUUAUACAUGUGGAAAGCAAGUGUCCCUUUGAUAAAAUGACUUGCAAACUGUCUGUAAAUGGAAAAGGAGAGUGUAUUGAAAGUCUGCAGGUUGAAAUGGCUUCCCCCCCACAUGAAUUGAACAGUGUUAUCUGUGCAGCUGCUGAUAUCAGUAGUUGGAAGGCCAGAUAGGUUUAAUGAGUUACUGUGAUAUUGUUGCCAGCAGGAGCAGUGGGUAGUAGGAGCAGGGUGGGUUGGACUGGCAAACAGGGAGAAUGGAGUGAAUGGUUCAUGAUUCUGUAACAUGAACUGUGUGAACUUGGCUGUCUUUGUUCUUGCCAUAGGAUUUUGCAAUUGAAGCAGUUGCUUCCACGUCGCUCAAAACUGAGUUUGUCUUAAUAGCUUGUAAGAAUGUUUGGUUGGGAGAUCAUCCUCUGCUAGGUUCUACUUUAGGUACAGUAGAAGGGAAGGUUAAGUGGUGUAGAGUGGUGGUUUUAUUCGUAAGUGUUCUGCCUGAUGAAAGACGGUAGUUAAUGAAUGGUCUUCAGAUUCAAAAGAAUUUGGAAACCCUUUGCUUCUUAUAAAUACACCCACUGACUGCUGUUAGUCUUAUCCGGAUAUCUGUAUACUAAAACUGGAGAUCUGGAGCUGAAAUCCUAUAAUGUCAUGGAGGUCAUUAAGGGAUGGUGACAAUACCAGUGAUGCUUGCACAUUCCUCCAUGAUGAAGUAGGACUUGCUGGGGUGUUGGCUAAUCAAGGGGCUUCUGAGUUGCUUUUAGAGCUAUUCUGGGUUUAGUGACAGGAGGGGAGCUUGCGGAAUAGAUCUGGUGGUUGCCAUUACCUGAGUCAUCAAAGCAUGAGCCACAGCUGUCUGACUUAGGGAAGUACAAACCAUGGUGGCUUUACCCUCUAGUAGUGUUUCCUAUUUUGUGGGCUGUAUGCAACCACAAGAACUAAGAAGAAGAAAGUGGGCAGGACAUUCAGAAAGCAUCGGGUGAAUUACGGAAGAGAGCCUGCUUGCAUUCAUGCCUUGUUAUCCUUAACUUCCAUUUAUUUGUUCCUUGGGUGUCUUAUGUCCCCCUUCUCCGUCUGGUCAAAAUUGUAACUUGCAAGCUCCUUCAGAUACACUUCUGCUGUCCCCACAUCCCCAUUAGCUCUUUGGCUGUGUGAGAAAUGGGGAUGGCCAUAAAAUGCAUAAGAAAUACCUUUUAUCAGCCAAACCUGUAGUUAAGAAUUGCAUACUUAUCUCUUUUGUAAAAGCACACUUGAAGAUUUUUGAAAUUUUAUUUUUACCUAAUUGUCCUGCUCUGCAACAUAUUCUGACAGGCUGGCGCAUGUUAGUUCCGUUGCAAAAUCUCUCAACUGUCAUUCUCAAGUGAGACUUUAGCUCAUCCAUGUAGUUGACUUGGACUUUGGACAUUCUGGGUGGGGAACAGAGGACAGUGGGAGUCUUGUGGAUAUUGUAUUCCCAGUAUGGACUUGUAAGUGCUGCCUUCUGGCUUCACUUCUUAUAGCUGGAACUCUGAGACAGGUCUGGGGAGACAAGACAAGUGGAAUGGUGAUGCUGGGAGGAACAAACCACUACUGACAGCGAGACCAUUAGUUCUCCCUCUUGAUUUUCCUGAAACCUAGUUUCAGGGCAAAUGUAGGGAAGGUGCAUGUGAUGUUAUGGAAACAGACUCGCUCAAACUGACUUUGUAACACUGGGAUGAUUCUGCUGAUGGUGUAUAUUGCCAUUAGAAAGCCAAUCUCCUGGCCUUUCUCUUAGCUGCAGCCUUGGCUGUUCUUGUGGCUAAGUAGAAGCAAGUCCUCGUGACACACCCUUCUUCAGUUCUUCAACUUACAGCUACUGCCAGCACCCACAAUCUCCAAACACAGCCAAACACAGAGUGUGGCUUGCCAGACAGUUCUGCUGCUGCUGCAUUCUCCACAAGUAAAAACAAAAGCCCUAACAACCUAUAGAACACAGGGGCAGAGCCUGUGGCCCUUCAGAUGUUGUUGGAUUCCCAUCAACCCCAGUCAGCACAGCCAAUGGUUGGGGAUGAUGAGAGUUGUGGUUUUGCAACUGGUGGGCCUCUCCUGCUGUGAAAUAUGCCCGUGCUACGCUUUCCGAUGCUGUGUUUGAUUGGCCGAUGGCUAACCCUUUGUGACUGGUUGGAUUCCAAUGUUGUCAUAGACUUUUAAGGUUUGGUUCUGACCCCAUGACAUACGGAUUAAGAGCCGAUUCAUGCAUAAAAAUAUAACGCGUGCAAUACACACAUCUGGAAAGUGCAGAAAGGUUGAGUGGAGCACCAGGGUUGGCAGCAGCUCCCUGUCAGGUGGCAAAGCUGGGUUUGCUGGCCUAUAAUGGGUGAAACAGCCCAAGAACCAAGGUGGCAGAAAACAUGAUUGUGCCCAUCUUCUUUAUAGAGAUUACUGUCAUUUACCACAAAGAGGGCAAAAGUUGAUACCAUUACCUUUGGGGGGGGCUGGGGGGUUUCUGUCUUUUUUUACAUACAGGAUUUUUACAGUGACCAGCAAGCUAAACUGAAUAGGGUCUCUUGCUUCCCCACCCCCCUUCUCCUCCCCUCCCACCCUUCCAAAUUCCUGCUGGGGGGAAACUCUUGCUUAAUAUACCCAGAGACCAGCCGUAUUGCAACAUUAGUGAGUUGCAGGCCUUGGAAAUAUUUUCAAAUCAGCAACCCCCUACUCCUCCCGUGGUUGAAACCAGCCUCCUUUAAUGGAAGGGCAAUUCGGCACAGUCCUGUCUGCAUGUUAAUCGGCACGCCCCUUUCCCUGCCCUCUAGAGUAGUACAUACAUUUUUUCUGAACAUGUUGUUGCAUGCACUGCUGCCACUGCCUUGCUUACGAAUCAAGCAAGCUGGCUUUGUCUAGGUGACGGAGAAGCCUGUGCUACUUGCUUCUAUUUGGCCUGAAUGUCUUGUUUGAGCCACUCCCGUCCAGAAGAGUUGAAAUGAUUUGCUUUGAUAAUCCAUCUGUUUUCUACCCACCUCCUUUGAUUUCCCCCCUCCUAUGUCUGCUUGUCCAGGGGUUCCCAAACUGGCCCGCAAGCUUCAUUCAACUAGCCAGCAGCAUGGUUCUGUGAAGAGCACUUACCAUUUGAAUUCUAUGGAACUGAACUUGUAAUGCAAUAAAAUAUAAUGUAAGAGAUAAAAAUACAGUUUUGAAAAUGGUACAGCACCGCGAGCUUUACAAUUGCUGCAACAGGCAUAAUAAAAAUAAAUAAAUAAAUAAAUAAAUAAAUAAAUAAAUAGAAGUGGUCUGCCAGGACCUUUAGCAAUUUUCAGGUGAUCUGUGGGGAAAAAUGUGUGGGACCCACUGUGCUAGUUGUCAUUGCCCUUUACUUGUUGAUGCCCUCCUUGAGUGGGCCUAUCAGCCAUUGGCACACAGGAAAUGUCACAUCAGAUUUCUUCAGCAUUGAGUAAUGUGUCUGGGUAUGAGAGGGUGCCUGGCUACCUCACAACUGUUAUCUGUAGUAGCUGUGAAAAUAACACAGCUGAUUUCUCAUAAUGUCAUAAGCAGCUUCUAGGUAUUAUACAUCUGAGUCAUCUAUAGGAGGGGAGUUCCGAAAAUGUUCUCACUGUUAGGAACCUUUAGUGCAUUGGUGUCCCAAUCUAAGGAAGGCAUAUCGCCAUAUAUAGUGUCUGUCACUUGCCAGGUAGUAGGAUUGAGGUUUAAUGUGCUCAAGUCAAGGAGUAACUUAAUAGGUGUGCCUGUGGUCUAGGUGUGAGUGACAACAUUCUGGUGUUUAGCUAGUGAGGUGUGGGGAGGAGGUAAAAUGAAUAUGUUUAAAGAGGGAACAUUAGGAGGUAAAUGCUCAGCUUUGUGUCCCUGGUUGGCAGGAGGAACGGAGAGUAUGAGUGAGUCUGGAGUUGUUAAAGGAGGCAGCUGCUCCACAGCUGUAAAAGAAAAGCAUAGAUUAGGAAUCCUUUGGGGAAUAAGUCUGGGUGUCAGUGCCAUGCUCCCUCAGAAUCGUCCUGGCACCCUUGUUCCUUUCAGGCAAGGCAAAAUUUAGUGUUCACUAGGCAAACUUGCCUUCUCUUUCCUGCAAGUUUCUAAACACAAUGUCAUUUCCUGUCUGACCAGGAAAUCCUUGUUUGCUUCCUUCCUUUCUGCCUGAACAACAAAAGGACUUGCUUUGAAAGCUUUUUGCAUGACGUUGAUGUUUCCUCCCACUUCCCCACCAACUAAAUGAGUGGCUCUAUCCCUCUUUAGUUUUAAGCCACCUAAUUUCAACUGUAGCUAGUUUUUCAUUUUGCUGGGCUUUGUGUAUCUGGGUUGGGCCAAGACUAGUAUGCGAAAUUUGCAGUGGGAUGCAGAUGCACAGCGUGUUGUGUAUGUGUAUGAGGGAUUCAAGGGAUGCAUAAUCCUUUCUCCUGCUCAAAAUGCUGCAACGGAUAUGUCUCCAAAACAUCACCAGUGCUGUAAUGAACACCUAUUUCUGUACUGAACUGAGGACUGAGUGACUUAAUCCGCUAGGCAGGGGGAUUCCUGUGAAAUGCGUGUCUUGCAUCGGUGACAUGUCCUCUAGCUUGAUCCUUCAGAUUUAAUAAAUAGCCGGAUUUUUCUGACCUGGAAAAGUGAAAUUGUCCCCCCUGCCCCCACCCCACAGGAGGCCUCCCAUCAAAGCCUGAGAACAGAAUUAAAUCAAAUACUUAAAGCUUGUGAAGAGUGGCCAUGCUAUAUAGUGAGAUUACAUUUUUAUUCCCUAAAAUUGUUCAGUGCUUGCUAGGUGGAAGGUAAUGCGUCUCUUUGUCCUGUGCCCCCCACAGAGUAAAGAAAAGAUUUCUGUCCUGAGAAAUGGAUGCUUCUAUUAGUAGUUGUGUGUAGGUGUUACUGCAAAGGCCAGCCUCUUUUUUUUCCUUUGGGAGAGAGUGUGCCGUGUCUGCAAGACUUUUGUCAACAACAGCAACAACAACAGCAGAGUGGGAUGAUGGCAGUAACAGGGGCAGUGCUGCAGAUCAUAUCUACUCUAGCUAACAGUUUUGAGUGCCUGAAUAUGAAAAUGCCCAGAGCCCACACCCACAGCAGUUUGGCGUCAUGCAAUAUUUGAUCCUGCUCUUGUGCAGCCGUGUGGCAUGUACCAAAAGAACAGACCUGCAGCACUUGUUAUUCCAGAUCUGUGCCCACACUCUUCCUGUUUGCUAGCCAAACUUACCAGGUUGUUUGCAGGUGGUUGUACAUUGCUUUGAUCUUGCAUACAGGUUGGAGAAAGAGGAAAUGGCCUGGACCACGUGGGCUAUGACACAGGGGCUUUUUUGAGUUGUGCUCUGGGGGUUAGUUGGGGCCUGAGUUAGACUGAAUGCUGUGUGUCUUUGAUCACCCCUAGGACAUAAUGCAGCACCUUCAUGAUAGGAGUAUGUCCUGCCCCUGUGCCAUGUAAGUGGGGAGGGGCCAUAGCUCAGUGGUAGAGCACAUGCUUUGCAUGCAGAAAACCCUAGGUUCAACCCCUGGCGCACACACCUCCAGUUUAGUUAAAAGAUCAGGUAGCAGGUGAUGGAUAGAUGCUGAAGAGCUGCUGUCAGCAAUAGUGUACCAGUAUUAGGCUUGAUGGGCAAAUAGUCAGACCUGGUAAAGAGCAGCUUCUUAUGUUGCUCUCUCACAGUGAUCCAGUCUAUGAGAAUAGGGACGUUACAAGGUGGGGCUUGUGAAAUAAAGAAAGGAGAAGAUGACUCAAGCAUCACUGUUAGGGCUGUGUAUUCUGCCUGGGCUUGGAGCUUGUUUUAACAAUCCAAGUCCUGUGCGGAAAAGGUAAAUACAAUGGCUAGUGCAAAGUCUACGAGGGACCCAGAAAACCCUUCCUCCAAUCACUGGAAAUCCUAGUCAACAACAGUCUUGUUUUGCAAGCUUUCACAAAGCGCCCCCCCAUGCUUUCAUACUUACCUCCACAACUAUUUCUUUAAUUGAAAGCUGAAAUUUUCAAGAAGAUGGAUUCGGUAUCUCAUUGUGGCAUGCACACGUUAACCAUGUGUAUUUUUAGGGGGCACCGGGUUCUGAGACCAGGAAACUCGCAUUCUGCCAUCAGAAUUGGGUUGAUGAUGAUCUAUUUUUUCUACAUUUUUCCUUUAGAGUCCCAAUCUACAAGAUGGAGACUUUCAAACUGACAUUUGGGAAGAAACAGCUGACAGAGCACAGAGCAUUGAAAGGAUGUGAGGGUUUUGUGUGUAGAUUUGUUAAAAGCUUUUUUCAAACAGUACAGUAAAGGACUAACUUGGAACUAUUGGAAGCCCGCAUAGACCCCCCCAACAUUUCCAGAUAAGAUUGUUGCAGUUCUCAAGGCUUUCUGUGUAACUAUUACGACUGAAGAAAUUAUUAGCUCUGAGGAAUUCCCGAAUGGAAAAGAUGCAGGCUCCUGCAGAAAGGGUUUUCUCAAAAGUUAAGCUGUCCCUUAAUGUAGCUUACAUCUUCAGAUCAGUUACUAGCUUGAUUUAUUUUUGCAGUCAACAUUCAUUGUCUCCUUUCCUUCCUGAGAUGUAGCUUAGCCAGCUGAUGACACAGUUCCUAGUUGCAACCAUUUGCAGGGCACUGAAGGAGGCAUUUCCUUCAUGCAGUGCCUUGGUUGAGACCAAGCCUCCACAACUCCACAAGUGCCCUGCUGGGUCAGACCAAAGGCCCAUCCAGUCCAACAUCCUGUUCUCACAGUGGCCAGUCAGAUGGAGGCCUGUGGGGAAACCUGCAAUUAGGGCCUGGGCAUAACAGCAUUCUUCCCCACUUGUGAUUCCCAGCAAAUGGUAUGCAGAGGCAUCCUGCCCCCGACACUGGAGGCAAUCAUACCUGCAGUUGCUAGUAGCCACUGGUCCUCCACAAAAAAAAUUCAUCUUGGCUGUUGCUGGAAAUUGUGGGGCUGCAUUCCUGGGCUAUGAAAAUGGACCUAUGCCAUGUAUCUUGAAUUUCUCUGAGGCAGCCGCAAACAUUUGGGCACCUGAGACCAAACACCUUUCUUCACUUGGUUGUCGCUCUGUUCAAGCACCAGCUAGCUGGUCCUUUAAGGGCUGAAUGUCAGGUUUGCUGAGAGAGCUCGUGCUUGUGCCCCAUGGGUAAAAGCAUGCUUGUGAUGCAGUGUUUGAGGCAUGGCAGCCAGCCUGCAUAAGUAUAUGUUUGUUUUAAGCUCCCUUGUGUACAUAGGCAUUUGGCCUAAGAAUUAUCUUCUGUUGUGCUAGGUGCAGGGAGGAUAGCAGUUUUGGGGUUUCAGAUGCUGCUUUUGUAGCUGGAACUGGGACACCAGGGCAGGCAGCCUUUUGUUGGGGGUGCCAGGAGCACAGUCGGCAGCUGCUCCCAUCUCAAACAUGCAGAGUUUCCUGCAAAGUUGGUACUGGCUGCUUUGGCAGAAACUCUCCAUAUAGUGUUGUGAUGCUCUGUGCCUUAGGCCAAACUAGCCUCUGGCUGAGGUGAAAGAGGGAGGAAGAAAAGAAGCUUUUAUCUCCAAAGUUAAUGCAGAAAGCCUAGGUAGGUGUGCUAGCUACCUUUCCCUCCUUGGCAUGAAAAGAGCAUGCAAAAUUUAGUCAGCUGGGCGUUGGCCAUCGGACCGCUCCCUAGGGGCUGCUUCCUGCAGACAGUAUCCAGGGCAGGCUAUGAUUCCUCCUGGCGAAUGUUGCUGUCUGCAGAGGACUUUGCUCCUGUGCAGCUGAUAGGCAGGGCCUUAUCUCGAAGAACGCCAAGAUUCUAUUUGCCGUAAGGCUGUAAUUGAAAACUAGCUGGCUUUUCUCCCUGAAUGUUUUUUGAAGCAGAGUAGUGCUGGAAUGGAACACCUGCAAAUGAGUUUUUGAGGUACCUUUAUAACAAAGGGACUGUUUUGAUCCCACCGAGCCUCGAAGUGAUUGUACAGGGAAUCUUGACUGGUGUGUUGACGUGGAAUGUUAUCACCACGUUGCUUUGUGCUUUUAUAGGUAAUGCUGAGCCAGGAGUUGCCGUAUGGCUGGUUGCGGCGUUCUUGUAGCAAAAUGGCCAACUUGGUAAUUACCAGUUCUUCUCCUCCUCCCUCUCUCCUUCCACAUUCUCCCCUACAUCCUUGAAGCUUCAGCCCCUUUGAGCCAAGCGGCCGCCUCUUCAGUCAAAUCCUGCCUUGGCUUUGGCAGGGUGGGUGGGGGUUGGGGUGGGGAAGGAGGAGGGAGCCAGGAAGGGUUGUUUUUCCUCUAACAUGAUAAGGAGCACUGCUGGGUAAAGUGGGAGCUCUUGCUCCUGAUUGGUGGCCAGGCUGCCCUGGAAUGCUCUGGCCCGUUUCCCAGAAUCCAGUACUCUGUGUUUGUUUGUUUCUGAGCCUGAGGUUUGGUGCUACUGUGACAGGAAAUGGGGAAACUGGAGGGGAGGUGGUGGUUGGGGGGGCGCGUAGAGAAGGGAGAUGUCUGUGUAUGUGCCUGUGAAAUCCCUUUGUCCCCAGAGCUCAGCUGCAAAUUCCCACAGAGGGGGAAAAGUGGCCUUUUGUGUUGCGAAAGAUUUUUCAACUCCCAACUUGCAAAGCUCCUGUGCUUGGAGGCUGGGAGCGUUGAAUUCUUCCUGACUGACUGCCUCAUCCAUAGAUCUGUCCCCUCCCUCUCAGGGGGAGGAAAAUAGAACUUGUAUGAGAUGAGAUAUCUUGGUUGGUGUGUUUUUUCUGUGGCUGUGUAUACGUAAAUUAAAUUAUGGGAGCUCCCAGUGCACGUUGGACACAGCCAGUGUGUACAACGCUUGGUUCUUCUGGUAGAUGCAUGCAUCUGUCACAGAUAUGCAUCCUACCAGUGCUGCUGAUAAAUACUAGUAAUAAUCUGAUUUAAGGCAGCAGUGAAGCACUCCUAGCUCAGAUAUAUGCAGUCAUUCCUGUACCACCUUCAGGUAUAGAAAUGCCACUCCCCAAUCAGCCACAGUUACAUUGAUGACUAGACUAGUGUGGUGCUUGGUUUAGGUUUUUCAAGUUAACAAGUACCCAAAGGCCCAAUGAAUAGUUGUACUUGCGCAAGCAUUUUCUAUAGUUUUAGCAGCUGUGGGGCUGUAUACUUUGUGAACCGUAAUUAAUCCACUGAUCCUAGGUGUCUUUGAGGGAGUACAUUCCCUCCUCUCCAUGAUGAACCAUAACCCCAAAUUUCCAACUUUCCUGAUUUUUAUUAUUUAUGCCCUAGCCCCUGUAUAAUCCAAAACAUUGGACAAAAGGUGAGAGCAUUAUACUGUCCAUUCCCUUUGCAAGAAACUUGCCUGGUCCUGCCUUUGAAGUGGUGUUUUGCUAAUGAAUGAUGUCAUAGCAGUGACUGACAUUUAGGAAAGCAAGGCAGAAAGAAGUCUAGAAUGAUUCACCCAUUAUCUGGAGAAGGAACUUCCUGGUUCAUUUCUAAGCUCUUUUCAUCUUCCUUUGUGGAAAAGUGAUUGGCGGACAGAAAAUAAUUUGGAAAUGCAGACUAGUAUAACUUUGAUAGGUCAGAAAUGUGUCUGUACGAAAAGUAGCAGCAAAGACAGGAGCUGAUCUUGACCAUAUUUAAUAAACCUAAAAUGAUUAAUGUUGGAAAACAUUUUUAAAAAAAUAUUCUCCAAGUACAGGUAAAGUUUAUCAUUAUUGUACCCGCACUGUGGGGGGUAUGGAUAUGCUGCUAAAAGAAUGUGGGUUAUACUCACCCUGCAAAGUAGCUCAGAGUUAUAGCCAUUCUAGGGGGGGAGUGAGCAAGCCUGCAGCGCAGACUCCCAGUGGUCAGUCUUCUGGCAUGUUGCCUCUCCUCCCACCCCAAAGGAGACGCAGUGUGUGUGUGUGUGUGUGUGUGUGUGCGCACACACACACUAUGAAGUUGUUUGUAGCACUAGUGCAAUGAAAGGAUGGAGCAGGUGAAGGGAGCCAGGAAAACAACUAAGGGUUUUGUCAGUGAGUAGUCUGGGAACAAAGCCAACCUGCUGAGAAAGAGGCAUACACCUGGCGUAUGAGUUUGGUGCCUAUACCUCCCUGCAUAACACUAGAACUUGUGGACAUCCAAUGAAGCUGAAUGUUGGAAGAUUCAGGACAGAAACAAAGCAAACACUUCCUCAUGCAGCACAUGGUUAAAUUAUGGAACCUGCUCCCACAGGAGGCGGUGGUGGCCAUUGGCGUGGAUGGCUUUAAAAGAGGAUGGAUGAGGCAAAUCCAUUGAGGAUAAGACUAGCAGUGACUACCAGCCACAAUGGCUAUGUUCUGCCCCCAUUGCCAGAAGGACUAUGCCUCUGAGUACCAGUGGCAAGGGUUCACAGGUGGCCAGAGUGGUGGUGUGCUCAGGUCCAGCUUGCAUGCGGGCAUCUGACUGGCCACUGUGAGAACAAGAUGCUGGACUAGAUGGGCCAUAGGGCUGGUCCAGCAUGCUCCCAUUGCGUGCUUCUGUUCUUAUGCUGCUUUGUCACCAGAAAUGGGUGGUCUCUGGUGCUAUGUUUGUGUGCACUUUUCCCUUUACUUACCACAAGGGAUCAGUCCUUGUGGAUCCACCCAUACCACUAAUGUCCUGACUUCACUAAUUAGAUGGGCAGGUGUUGCUUGGCUGGCUCCAAAAUGUGUGAUCUUGGUGGCCUCAAGAGUUAUUGUGCUGUCUUAAUUGUGACCUGUCUGUAGUCUCCAUGCCUCCUCAUUGCAGCCUCUUAGCCAGUUAUCCUGCUAGCAGCUAGCCCAUGACUAGUCAUUCCACACUGGUGCAUGUUGACAGUGGUCCUCUGUAACUUACCUGUUGAACACAGAUGGAAUGUGGGUGGUACCGCUAUUCUUGGCUAUCUGGGACUGUGGAUACAAGCUGUUCAGAAAUGGGGAGCGGACACCUCACUUUUCCUACAUCUUUCUAGUUCAUAGAUUCAUGGCGUUUACCAGUGAGGCAACCCUCAAACAGGGACGCACAAAACCCUCCUUUGACUGCCCAGAAGGACAGCUGCCCUGCAGUCAGAUUGCUGGCAUACCACUGGAACAAUCCCUUCCCUCUGUUCUGCUGCCGACUCGGCACCAUUUCCUUUCCUGUUGUGUGUAUGCUCCAUACUCCCUCCCCUCCUCCCUCCACCUCAGAACUGCUGCUCCCUUCCUGUCAGAUGUGGGGUGUAACCUUGGUCUGAGCAGGCCAGGGCUCAUGUUUCUUGGUGUGUGCUUCGCUGUUGCUUCAUGGAGUUGGACUCUUCUGCUCCUCCAGCCCAUCCCAAAAACUGUGUUGUAGCUGGUUUUGUACAUUUUCCCCAAGUUAACUUGAACUUCCAGAAAAGGGAAAGGAGCCAGCUCCUGUUACAGACAUGGAUCCGCACUGAAACCACAAGGGGGUUGUCGGUUUGAGCCCCACGUUGGGUAAAAUAUACCUACACAGCAGGGGGUUGGUUGGACUAGAUGACUCCUGUGGUCCCAACUCUAUGAUUCUAUAGGUCUUAGAGUUUUGAUCUCUCAUUUGAUCUCUGUUUAUGCCCCACACUCAGCUAAUCCUAAAGCUAGUUCCCCCCCUUUGUUUAACUGCUGCUUUCCCAUGCAUAAAAUGUAUUUAUCCUCAUUAUGGAAUUGUGUUUUGAACUGUCCUUGAGGCAUGUCGGAGCCUUGAGUAGAUGGAUUUACUCCCUUCCCUCCCGCUUGAUCUCAUGUCUUCCGCUCAUUCUCUUGAGGGGCCUCCAAAGUCAGCCCUUCCUUUCCACACCCUUAUCACUGCUUUCCUAUCUCCCUCUCCUGGAGCUGCUCAGCUUUCCCCUUAUAUGGCCAGGUGAGGCAAUGGUGAGUAUAAGCCUGGGACACUAGAGUCCUGAUUAGUUAGGCAUGUAAUCUACAUCCCUGGAGGAGUUGCAGGGGGCGGCUGUGUGUAGGGAUAGGGAGCCAGGUGAGUCUCUUGAAGUGAGAUCAAAUCAACUAGUUAAACCAGUCUUGUGUGUGUGACACAUGUUGGGGGUGAAGCUCUGCCUUUCUGCCCUGGGCCAGUUCUAAUUGGUGAGGGACGCGCCCUAAGUGCAGCCAGCCCAAGCUUUGUUGCAAAAGUCUAGCUGGCGGAGGGGAGGGAGGGUGGAAGAAACUCAGGCCGCCUUUGGAAAGGGACUAUGCCUGCCUGUAAGGGUGUACGGUGUCCUUUGCAUUCUUCAUGAACAAGGAACUUGCUUGCGCAGGGAGUGGCAACUGUUCAAAGUCCAUGCUGAGUAAUGAACAAAGCUAUCGCAUGGGGCUUUUGCUCUACGCUUGGCAAAGGCAGAUGCCUUUCCAGUAAAAGCAAAACAUUCUCGGCGUAGGAGCAGGGAGAGCAAAUCCCAGAAUGAGAAACAGGUGAACGAAAAACAGACCUGGAGCUUUUGCCCUCUGUUUUGAAAUCCUCCAGUUAGCAAAAAAAAUGUCAAGGCGGUCACUAAAACCUCAGUCUUGUUACAGUUUUUCCCUGGCCUCUCUUUUUGAAUGCUGUAUUACAAGCAAAGUGUGUGAGUGUUUCGCUUCCUUCCUGGCCACUGGACUACUUGCCAAGUGGAACAGAUGCUGCUGUUAACUUAAAUGCUAUCAGGAUCCAAAGGUACGCUGCUGUAAAGCUCUCACCCACCAAGGAAAAGGUGUCUGGGGCAUAUAAAUUCAAGUGCAUGGAAGCUAUGCACAACCAGUACCUUUUCCUUCUGCUAAUUUAGGGAAGGGGGCAUCCUGACCCCUUGACCAUUGGGUGUCAUUCUCAACCCACACCUGCACAAGUUAGAGUUUACCAAGCUUCCUGAUUCCCACCCCACAUUGAUGUCCAUCCUUCUCUCUCUUAAGGGUUAUAACUAUGGCUGCUGAUUAAAUUCGUGGUUAAAAGAUUCACCCAGCCCCACCUGUAUCCAAGGUAUAGGCACAUGCCAGCAAGUCCAUGGCGUGCCUGCUCCUGAUCAAGUGCAGAAUCUCUGUUGUCCUGCUAGAGCAAUUUUCUAGCCUUGUGACUUUGGAUAGAGUCAUGUUUCUAACUCUGGCAGAAAUGUGAGAGGGGGCUGAGGACGUCCAGCAUCUGGCAGCACCUAGUCCUGUGACUGUAAUUCAUUUUAACCGUUUUAACUUUAGAUUGUGGAAACCCCUCCCUGGGACCUGGCGUGGUGGUGGUAGUAGUGAUAUUAAAAAUACUGAUAGGCAGAGCUAACGUACUGGCCGACACCUCUGCCCUGUGCCUCUGGCAGUGUGCAGUGACAAGGUGCUGUGAGGUGAAAGGUCAUGGAUGCAUGGAGAAUUGACGACAUGGGUUAGAGGGAGCUCAGCAGUGCAGGAAGGAGCUAAGAUGCUAACUAGAAGUUGACCUUCAAGCUAGGAAAAACUUUAACAAAGAAGUGGGUCUUGAGAAGGGUCCAUGUGUCAAAGCAAAGGGGUUCAGUGAAUAAAAAGAGGAAGCUAUUGGAAGAGUAAGGGGCAUUUGGAACAUGUGGGGCAACACAUCCAAGUUUGGCAAUGACUAAGGUGGCUAGCGUUCAUACUUCCCAUUUUCAGGUCUACGGCUUUUUUAAAAGCAAAAGCAUAAAGAAGUCUUAUGAAGAACAUGAUUGAAAGUGGAGAAAGAAGAAAAAUGGAGGUGUGUUUUUCAACAAUGCUUACCAGGAAAGAGUUUGUUUAGUCUUCUUGCAACUUCUUCCCUCUUCCACGUGUGUGUGUGUGUGUGUUGCUAUGUUGCAGGGGAAGCACUGUAGUUCAAUAGCUGAGCACAUUCCUUACAUGCAGAAGUUCCAGAUCCAGUUGUUGGCAUCUCCAGAUAGAGUUGAGCAAAGCCCCUUCCUGAAACCCUGGCCUGGAGAGCUUGGUUCCAGUCAAUGUAAGCCAGUAGCUUUCAAGAUGAUGUUGAACACCUCGUUCCCAUCAGCCCCAGGCAGCAUGGCCAAGAUCAGGGAUGAUGGAAGUUGUAGUCCCAACAACAUCCAGAGGGCCAUAGGUUCCUCACCACUGAUGGAGACAAUACUGAGCUAGAUUGACCAAUGGCUUGACUUGAUUUAAAACCACUUCCUGUGUUCUGUCUUGUGUGCACAAGAACUUGGGAGGAAAGUCGCGAAGUGCUACUGAAUGAUGUGCUUCCUGAAUGUGUCCAUUUAUGCAUGAUCAGAGUGUGGUUUUGGAUUCCUACCCAUAACUGGUGAUGGUGAGCUGCUAGCCAUACUUCUAUCCCCCUUUUUAAUUCAGGAUCUUUUGGGAUCUCUUCCUGACUUCAUUCUCUUUCCUCACAAUUUAUUUUCAAUGGUGGCUUCAGAAAUGGUUACCGUAUUUUUCGCUCUAUAAGACGCACCAGACCACAAGACGACCUAGUUUUUGGAGGAGGAAAACAAGAAAAAAAAUAUUCUGAAUCUCAGAAGCCAGAACAGUAAGAGGGGUCACUGCGCAGUGAAAGCAGUGAUCCCUCUUGCUGUUCUGACUUCUGGGAUAGCUGCACAGCCUGCAUUAGCUCCAUAAGACGCGCACACAUUUCCCCUUACUUUUUAGGAGGGAAAAAGUGAGUCUUAUAGAGCAAAAAAUACGGUAUUUUGAAAAAUCAAAUACUUCUACUUGGGGAAUUACUAGAAAGUAAAGCUUCUUCACUUUGUUGCCGGGGUUGAGCAAGCUCUUUCUGUUAGUUUCUGUCUUUGGAACUGGGGAGACAUUGAGAGUUGCACUGGUUGAGGAUAAUGGAAGUUGUAUUCCAAAAACAUGGAAUGCCCCAGGUUGGCAAAGGUUGAUGUAGAGAGCUGUUAGCCCACAAAAGCUGAAUAUUGCAAAAUAGAGUUACUUAAUGCCUGUAAAACAGUUAUUUAGUGCCUGUAUAUGGGGGGUGUUCUGCAGUUGUUUUGAAGACAGGGGACUCCUGUUGUCUUGGACGAGUGUCAUGUUUUAAGUACAGUAUCAAGUUAUAGGAGGGGCUGGAGAAGGUGUACAGGGAUUGCUGACAAUUGUUAAACACGUCACCAUCUGGGAAGAUUACUUUAUUACAAUUUUGGAUUGCUCUCUUGAAGCAAUUUAUAUUCCCCCAUUAUCUCUGUAUCUUUCUAUAUGUGAUGGGGUUGUGUGUGUGUAUAACAUAACAGAUAAAACAACUGCAUAUAAACACAGUUUAAACAACAACAAUUAUAAUUAUAAUUAUAAAAACAGUUUAAAACUGCCGCAUACAGCAAAACAAUUCCAAUCCAGGACAGAUACUAACUGGGAUAAAGACUUUGGUAUGCUUGUUGAAAGAUAAUAAUCUGAGGAAUGUGUUCUGAAGUAGAAGGCUGCAAGAAAUUCUAUAUUUUAGCAACCUUUUAGCAGUUGAAAGCAGAACCAGCUUAUCUUAUAUAUAUGCAUCUGGCUUAAUUAUUUUGUUCCAGUGCUGUUUCUUUUGGAUACAAACAUUUAGGGCUAGCCGGCGGAAAGAGGGCGAGCCCCCUCUGCGCCGGCCCUAAAUAGCCCAGGCCACACCCCCCCAGCCAGCCGAUUGGCUGGCUGGGGGGGCAGACCCGGCCGGGAUUCCCCUGAUCUCGCGGGGGCUGAAACCAGCCCCUGCUCACGUGGGGUGGGCGUGAAGCCCGCAACCCCACCUCCUGGGCAGGCCAGAAGUGGCUUUGUGGUGCCUCUUUAAAUGUCUGUUGCAUGUGCUAACCUCCCACUGCUUCCUCUCUUUUCCCUCCUCCAGUUAAGAUACAUCCUUUCAUUAAGAGGGCAGUGUUAGGCCUAAGUUUUUGAAAUGAUUAGGGUUACGCCUUUGGAGCUUUAUUUAAGCUGAAUCUAUGGCCAUCCAGAUGUUGUGCCUGCAUCAGCCCUGGCCAGUAGUCAGGGAUGAUGAGAGUUAUCCUGCUUGGAUAAACAGGCCUGGAAUGGCAAAUAUAAUUAGGGACGUAGGAAGCUGUUUUGUACUGAGUCAGGCCAAUAGUUCAUCUAGCUCAGUAUUGUCAACACUGGCUGGCAGCAACUGCCUGGGAUUUCAGGCAGGGAUCUCUGCCUGCCCUAACUUGAACCUGGGACCUUCUGCAAGUAAAGCAGAUGCUCUACCACUGAGCUAUGGCUCUGUCUCAGCUGACUUGCAGCGGCAACAUUUAUAUGCUGCCCAUGUGGCUGGGUUGCACCAGCCACUCUGGGCGGCUUCCAACAAAUUAUAAAGCCACAGUAAAAUAAUCAAACAUUAAACACUUCCCUAUCCACGGCUACCUUCAGAUGUCUUCUAAAAGUCAUCUGAUGGGAGGGUGUUCCACUGGUUGGGUGCAACUGAGAAGGCCCUCAGAGCUGGAGCUCAGUGUUCCCGCUGAAUGAUUGGGGUGGAGACACCUCCCUAAGGCCUUGCAUACCUGAAGUAGUAAGAAAAUGCUGGUUGAUAGUUUGCUUUCUGGGUUGUGAGGCACUUGGGAACUCUACUGCUGUGUGUUCAUAGCUGUAUCAGCAUCCAUGAGUGUUAGGUAAAAGGUAAAGGACCCCUGGACGGUUAAGUCCAGUCAAAGGUGACUAUGGGGUGUGGUGCUCAUCUCGCUUUUGGGCCAAGGGAGCCGGUGUUUGUCCACAGACAACUUUCCAGGUCAUGUGGCCAGCAUGACUAAACCGCUUCUGGGGCAACAGAACCCCGUGACGGAUGUCAGAGCACAUGGAAAUGCCAGAGCACAUUCCCACUGCCUGUUUAUCUACUUGCAAUGACGUGCUUUCAGAUUGCUAGGUUUUGUAUGCCUUUUAGGUGGUGGUAGGGAACUGUCUCCCGCUUUCUAAUGGGUUCUAGGCCAAGUAACUGCCUUGCAUGCUAUGUUAGUUAUCCCAAUUACACAGCACACUGGAGCACAAAAUACCUGUUCAGGUAAGUGCGCUUAACCUGGCCACUUUUUAAGCUGGCAGUUUCAGCAGCGAAAAGGCAACCAUAGGUGCAAUGAUUUUCAUUGAGUCCCAAUCUAGAUUGGAGUAUGUUCUGGAUCAAGCCUUCCUCCUGCUGCUCCCCCCCCCCAAUAAAAAUAAAAAUAAAACUGACCAUACUUAAGUGCAUUUGUUUUAAAGAGGUGACUUGAUGUAUAUUCCGGCACUUGGGCAAUAGAUUUGGAAAGUGGAGGGAAGGACCUAGGGAAAACAUAAACCUGCCUUUUGAUAGUGUGCCUUACUACUUUUAGGGGACAGGGAGCAUGUAUCAAGUUGCUCUUCCUGUGUUAUUGUUUAUAUGUGGGUGGUUUGAAAAGUACUUGCAUGGGGGCAACUCCUCCUCUGGAACUGGCUCAUCUCCCAAGGCAAGUUUCUUCUCCAAGGUAGCUGCAGUCCUUACAUGGAUUUAGGAACUGCAACAACUAGCUUUUCCAGUUCUCCCACAAGCAGGUAGGAUGCCAAAAGAGCUCCUAGAGCACCUAUUAGGAAUGGUGAGUUAAUGAGUUGUUCUAAAUCGUCACAAAAUAUCUAAUAUCGGUUGUGCUUCUUGUUGUGCCAGAUAGCCACAGUUAAGCUCUAGAAAUCAGAUCAGGGCUUCUUGAGCAGCAAUUUACAUUUAUUUACAUGAGGCCCAUAAUAAGAGAGUGAACUAGCCCAGGAAAUGUCUAGAGCUGAUCCCAUUUGGGAAGGAUGUAGUAGGAAGGCUUCUGAGUUUGCUCAGAUUUCAUCUUGGCUUGCAUGCAUUUUGUUCAUUAGCCUGUGUGGAGGAAGUGAGGGCGGUAUCUUGUGCCUCCUUGCAAAUGGAGCCCACAGAAAUGUUUAACUUUGGGCAUUGGCCUCUGCAGGAUGCAUGAGUUCACAGAAAUCCUACCUGUGUACACAUGCCGUAUGUGUUUUGCUAGGGCUCAUAGCAGGGCAGGGGGGGGGGGGGAAGUGCAUUUAUGGGUAGGAGAGGCAGCAAUAAGUAUUCAUGUUUGCAUUUGCCUUUAAUGCAAUGUCUGCAGCUGUUCAUAGUUUCCAACUACAACUUGAACUGUAUUUAGAGAUCUAGAAAGUAAGUAGUCCAGCUUGGGGGUUGCAUGGCUUUUAACUCUUGAAGGUACUAGAAACUUCACAUGAUCCUCUGGUGUUGUGGGAUCAGACUUGUGAAUAUGCUAGCAUGAAUGCACUUUGCUGAAUUCAGAACAUGGCCUUGAGUUGUUGUGUAUGAAAGCAUCAAAGCAAAAAGGCAAAUCCAGAAGUAUAUAUACCAGGCUUCCAGCCCUUGGGGCUUUGGUGAACCAAACCCUGAGAACUUGCAGUUUCUCUUAUGUAUGGAGCAUCUGAUCAGAAGUCCAUUUGUUGCAGUGAACACUUGCCCUUUCAAGCAGCAUUAUACAAGUUCCAGUCAGCUGAAUAUCUGGCAGACCAUUAUGUGAGGAGAGCGUGUCUGUUGGUGGAAACACUUGUUUUGUCAUUUUAAACUGCAAUGUCUGCUUUGGGGUGCUUCAUUUAUUGUCUCUCUGACCAGUCCCAUCUAUGAUAAUUUCAAGAUCUCUAAUGGUACCUUGCCUUUCAGGCUGCUUUUGGUCCCAGAAGUCCAGUGUAGCAUCUAAGUGCGAGUUAGAAUGUGAGUUGUCCAGGUGUGUUUGUACUGGGCCAUGACAGCCUUGCAAACAACUUUUGCAAUUCUUCUGGGUGGGAGAGAUAGUCAGGGUGUGGGUGUGUAUAUGAGAGAGAGAGAGAGAGAGAGAGAGAGAGAGAGAGAGAUUCUGGCAAGUUUGUGGAGGAGUUCUGUGUCUGUGCAGUAAUGGUAGUAAUCACAAUUACAUGUGAUGGUUGCAAGCACUGUGUUCCAUGUAUUAGUGGCAACUUGUUCUGUGGCUAAUAGUUUGUGUAUUAGUGGCUACAGAUGCUCUGCUGAACAAAAAGGCCACCUCUUUCAGAUCCUACUUACGGGCAUGUCCGUCUGCCUGGGGUAAUAAAUGGACCUCUGGAAUAGAUGGAUCUUUGAGCCAGCUGGUCAGUUCUGACAUAAAUUUCAUGUUGACCUUUUGCAGUGCAAGAUGAAUUUGAUGCUUUUCUAUCAGUUGAGUGGAAACACAGCAGCAAGCAAGGACGAAUAUCUUCUUCCUCACUGUGUUCAAAAGUCUUUGUUACAUAGAAAAGCACACACUGGCUAAACAGCUGCGGAGGCAGAGCCACAACCAACCUGGCUUUUGGGGGGACAUAUGCUCAUCCCAGCCAGAAGUGAGGCUUGAGGAUCAUGGCACAUGGGUGUGGUCCUGGAGAAUGACACCACACUGCUCUUUCCGAGGCAUAGGAAUCAGCAGCAUGAACUCUGAGUUGGCAAGCAUUUUGGCGACUGAAAUCUUGGUUUAAGGAGCCAUUUGGCACCUAGCUUAUAUAUCCCAUUUUCUAAUACUGCCCUGAACACUUGAUAAUGCUGUAUAAAUAUAUUUUGCAUUAAACAGGCAGGGGAAACAUCAUGUAUGAUUGUAUGUCAAGAGCGAGAUAAAAAGGGGGAAGGAGCUAAGGUUCCCUUUCUUAAAGGAAUCCUGAGUUUCCAACCUUUUAUCAGAGUGUUUGUCAGGUUCUGUAAGGUACAUUUAUUUGAGUACUAAGGAGAGAACCAUGGCCCACAUCUGGCUGGUGGAGCAGUGCUCUCCAUUCACCAACCCAGAUCGCAAAACAAGCAAAAUAUGCUAGCAGACUUCUUUCUUCCUAGCGCAGAGUAUGCCAGACCCUAGGCAGAAUGUGUUUGCUUGUUGAAUUCACACACGGUUGCUGUCUAGACACAGGGAAAGUAGGUGUUAUUACUUAACUUAACACAGUGCUCACUGCACUUCCAUGGGCCAAAUCCCUAGCAUCAAUAUUGGGUAAUGCAGUUUGGCUUAUAAAAUGGAGCAUGGAGAGCCUGAUGGAGAGCAUGGAGAGCUGCAGACCAAACCAUCUGAAGUGCACCAGGUUGUGAAAGGCUGUCAAUAAGACAUGGUUUCCCUUUUCCUUUUUCCCCCCUUCCUCCUUUUAUUUAAGAGGCAGCAGUACUUGCUUGGUAUACUAAAAUUAUCUCUCUUGUAGAUAAUAGCCUAGCUCUCAGAAGGGGUUUCUGCUCAGUGGCUCAGUUCACAUGGAACACUAAACCAUAACCAGACCCAAUUUAUAAACUCAUUUGUCUGGAGUGAGACAAACCACAAGCCUGGGUUCAGAUGUGAUGCAAUAGCAAGCCAUAGCUUGGCUCUGGGUAGCAUGUCAGUUGGAGGACAGGGGAAGGAGUGCAGCAGCUAUGGUCUCUCCAGGACCUCUCUUGGCUCACAUAUUCAUACUAAGGCAUGAACUGGUGAACCAGGUCUGUAUGUUUCAGGCUUGAGGUGUUUCUAUUUUAAAGUACAUUGAGGAGACCCUGGGAAUGUCUAGGCAUCUCGCUCUUGUGAUGAAAUAGUGUACAGUGGUACCUCGGGUUACAUACGCUUCAGGUUACAGACUCCGCUAACCCAGAAAUAGUACCUCGGGUUAAGAACUUUGCUUCAGGGUGAGAACAGAAAUCGCGCAGCGGCAGCGGGAGGCCCCAUUAGCUAAAGUGGUGCUUCAGGUUAAGAACAGUUUCAGGUUAAGAACAGACCUCCGGAACAAAUUAAGUAUGUAACCAGAGGUACCACUGUAUAGUACAAUGGUACCUUGGUUCCCGAACGGCUUAGUUGUCAAACAAAUUGGCUCCCGAAUGCCACAAACCCGGAAGUAAGUGUUCCGGUUUGUGAAUGUUUUUCGGAAGCCGCACGUCCGACGCCAUUUCUGCUUGAGUGCAGGAAGCUCCUGCAGCCAAUCAGAAGCCGUACCUUGGUUUUCGAAUGGUUUCGGGAGUCAAACGGACUCCCGGAACAGAUUAAGUUCAAGAACCUUGGUACCACUGUAGAGGAUAGAUUUGAAUCCAAGCAACCUUUGUGGGGAAGGGGGUAAGACAGCCUCCUCCAUCAGAUGGCAUCUACUGGGACCACUGCUUGCUCCACUUGGGGAUGUUGGUUAUACAGUGGGAUGCUGAUGAUGUACUUGAAGUGGGCUUGGGACUGCCCAGAAGAUUUUCUUUUUCCUUUUUUUAAAUAAUAUUUGUUAUUAAAUUUUCAAUUUCACUAUUUUAAAUAAGCAUUUUACAAACUUCAAAAUACCCAGUGACUUCCCUUCUUCUCUUUCCAUGGUUCAUUUUACAUAUCAUACAUCCAUGCAUAUUUUACUAUAGCCAUUGCCAGAAGAUUUUCGACAGCAGCUCUAGAAAGAAAAAACGGGAGCGUUUCUUGGACUCUUCCAGGCCUUGGGUGCAUCCUCGCUGCGGAACUGCAGAGAAAGAUUAUAGGGUGGAGGCCAUGGGAUGGCAAAGCACUAAACUGUUUAAAGCAAACUAACAAUCUCCUCUGGGUCAAAGUCCAACUGGUGCCAAGAUGUCUGAACCGAAGUGAAAAAAGUUCAGUUGUCAAAUAAGCAAUUCCUAACAUGUGACUAAAAAUAUGACUCAAUGAGAAGUGGUGUGUCCUCUUGUUGUAGCCCAGAGUGUUGUGACACAAGUUCGCAUCUAAAUUUCUUCUGAAAGCAUAACAUCUGCAUAUUCAGGAACUGUAGCCAUUCAGCACAAAACAUUUAAGGCUGAAUUAAUCUAAUGGCGAUUACACGAACUUGUUCCUCAUGUUCUCGCUAACCACAUUUCCGUAACUGAUGGUCUUCUAGAAAGGCUACUUUUUCUGGAUGCUACCAGUAAAUGACUAAUGAGGUGCAUCUCUUGCCUGCCUGCUUAAUUGUAGCAUCCAGUUAAUGGAGCAACAGUGCUUUUUUGGAUUUUAAUUUCACAUUGGGGCUUGUGCAUAGGACUGUUUAGUGGGCAAGAAAGACUUGGGCAAAGAUGUGAGUGGAGCUGUUGGAUGACUGCAAAAUACAGUUUGUGUGUUCCAGAUAAUGGUCAUGGGAUUGUGCUGCUUUUCUUUGCACUAUUAUGAAUCUCUCCAAAGAGAUCCCCCCUGCCUCAGAUUGUCAGUGCCCAUGGCCUUGUAUGUAAAUCAUGUCUAGGGCCUGGUAUUGUGUGUCACCAGCACCGUGGGAAAGUGGGUUGAGGCGAGAUCUGUCUUGGAGGCCAGACUAGUCCAAGCACGCCGUCCGUACCUUGAUUUCCCCACCCCCUGGGAUUUUUUCUUUUUUAAAAAAAUAUACAAUUCUGACGUGCUUGGGCAAGGCUUUCCUAAGGUGGGAUGUUAAAUGCUGGAGGAAGCUGUUUGAUCUGUAUCUACCUUCCGUCAGUCAUAGAGUACCAAGAUCUUAAUACUAGUUGGCCCACUGAGUUGGCAACUUGUGUGCAGAAUAGUUCUAUUUGUGUUUUCCCAAUUUCUGUGUGCCUUGUUAGCUGUCUUCUGGAAGGUUACCUUGUGAGCCAGAAAUCUUAAAAAUCCUAAACCACAUUUAUUCCCUGUAAUCCAGUUGGGCAAACCUGAGCUUUCUUUUCCAUUGUAGCAGUGCUAUACCAGUUAAUGUGACCAUUCCAUUUUAAGAAGUGCUUUUGUAAACCACUUGUAAUUCCACUUUGGGAGAAAUGGUGGAAUGGUUCAUUGUAGUCUUUUCCAACUCCAGCCAGCGAGUUGUAGUCCAAAGUAUCUAGAGGGGUGUGGAAGAUAGGUACAGUGUUUUUUUUUUUAAAAAAUGAAUAAAUACUGGUUUGAUUAUAGAUCCUUCUUUACAUGCCUCUUGUGCUUUGUUCCUUUUUUAUUUUUUAAAAUCACACAUAUAUUGAAUCCCCUUUCUGCUGUCUCUGCAGCCUUUUCCCUCCUGCUUCCUUGCUGUUGGUGGCUGGGCUGCUUCUUCCAUGAUUUUCUGCACUUAGACCAAGCUGUGCCUUAGCCAAUCAGUUCAGACCGGCCUUCCUUCACAGGUGUGUAUGGUGUGAAAAAUCAAUCUUAAAUGUAAUUUUGUUCUCUUCCAUUAUGGGUGGCGGGCUCUAUUUUUCUCUUGAACUGACCAUUUAAAUUUUUUUGAAUUUCCUCCCAUGGUAAGGAGAUCAAAAGCCCCCAGGUAGAGUACAAAUGUGGGCAUUAACUCCCUCCUGCCUCCCCAAUUCCAACCACACUUUUGUGCACGGGUUGCUUUAAAAGUCAAACACAGCUUUAUGGAUUUAUUAAGUAGAUUCUCUCUCAAGACAUUCCUGUUGAGCCUAUGCCAGUGCCCUGUUCUCUAGCACAGUGGCAUAUGAUUUGCAGAACACCUUGCUCCCCUUUCCCAUCUUGUUAGCCAUGAAACGAUUGCUGACAACCACAUUAAAGCUUGUAGCUCCACACCUGCGGUUUUCAGCUGAUAAAAGGUGGUAAAGGAAACAGCUCUUGGAGGGAAAUGGCUUGAAGGAAUAUCUUGCACUUUGGAGAUAGAUUUCACUGUAAAAUAAGUUUGAGGGUUUUAAGAAGCUGUACUGCUUCCCAACCCUUUACUGCUUAAAUGCCAUUCACAUAUGUAAUGCUGCAGCCAAGGAAAUGCACGCUGUGUCCUCAAAAUACCUUGGGCAGAUUUAACCAGGUAAGACAGAGCUCUGCUGUCUCCAUGGUGGUAGCAACGUUCUAGAUGUGUAUUGUUGAUGAGCAUUUGACAACCGCAUAUGGCCAGACAUAUUAUAUGUACACAUAGAUGUAUUAUAUGGAAUGUUGCUGUUUCCCAUCAUGUGUUUGAAAAAGCCAUUAACACUGGAGCUUUGGAAAAAUGAGAGUGAGUUUCAUCCUUCUCUGCCCACCUUUCUGGCGCUGGCUCUUGGUAUUUUUCUGCCCAAUAUAUAAUCUCUGUGUUGGUAGGUCACAAAGCAACCGAACUUGGCCUCCCCCAGCUUGGUGCCUUCCAGAUGUUUUGGACUACAACUGCCAUUAGCCCCAACUAGCAUGGCCAACAAUUGGGGUUGAUGGGAACUGUAGUCCAAAAACAUCUGGAGGGCACCUGGUUGGGGAAGAUGGAACUUAACUUCUUGUUCCCAGCUGUGACAUGACAUUGAGGAAUUAAAGGCUAUUGCACCCUGACAGGAAUGCACAAGAACAUAACUGACAGGCAGUUUCCUGUUUAGGAGACAAGGACCUGGGCUCUAGACAGGCCAGUCAGAUCUGUAAGUGCUGAUGCAGUGGAAUUUGGAAAUUGCAGCCAUAUCAAAAGGCCACAUGUUAAAUAUGAGGCGGCUCUUGCGACGACCUCUUCAGGAUUAAUAGGGCAGUAUUGAGGGAUCGCUAAGAUUUAUUUGCAAAAAAAUCUAUUCUGCCAACAUUAAGGAAAAAAGCCAUGGCAGUGGGCAGCAUAAGAUGAGCAGUAAAACUAUAUUCAAAAAACCAAUACAAAAUGCAUCACAAACCAGAAGAUCAGCUUAAUACCUCAAAUACAUAAUUGGAUCAUUUCCCAGGGGAAAGCCUGGAUGAGCAGAUGAGCUUUUAAGCAGGCUCCUAAAUGCCAAUACCGUAGGUGCCUGACUGAUGUUCAUUGGGGGUGCAUUCCAAGGGGUUUGUGCCGCCACACUGAACAAGUCCUGGGCUUAGUAGAUAUGAGACAAAUCUUGGGAGCGUGUGGCACUACUGAGAGUGUCACUCCUGAGGAUUAACAAAUGGUUGCUCUGUGUUUAAAAGCCAGGGCUAUUUGGACCAGUCUUGCAUUACAGGAAAAACGUUAGUGCUGGAGACAUAGACCAAACUCCUGUUCCCUGCCCAGGGUUCCCUCGCCUAUGCAUUAAAAGGCACACAGAGCUAAGUUUGCACAGGCAACAUACACCCGGUAGCUUCUAAAUAACCCACAAACUAAUCUCCUUUCUCCUGCUUGUUGUUUCCUGCUCAGAGUGGGAUUCAACCAAGUGCUUCAUGUUAGAAGGGUACACCGUCCACAUAACGUGAGGGAUUUGUUGGGAGCAAGUGAGCUAAAUUGCAGGGGAAAUAUAGAAAAGGCCAUAGUCAGCCUAGAGGGAAAUCAUAGCCACCCCCAGUAGGACCACUGGUUAAAAUCCUGAGUAUUACCAUUAAAACUGUCCCUCAAACUUCUGUGGGUGCCAGAAACCUGGGCCUAUCCUUCCCAGAAUCUGGCCUGCACUUUUGACAAGAGCCUGCAGAAAAGAAGCCAUGAAACAUAAUUUGCCAUGGCCACUUCUCUCCUGAAGGAGCACCCUUUUGAAUCGAAUUUCCUUUUGCACUUGUUUGCCUUGGGGAGGCUAGGAGGGAGAGAAUUUGUCGUCUCCUUCUCCUGCUCUGUUGAUUUGUGGGAGGGGAAAAUGAAGCAAAACUCUGGUCUUUCCCCAAGUUUAAUUUUUUUUUAAUCAACGCAACAAAUUCUCUCUUCUGUGACCUAAAUCUUUCUCUUCUUACUUUCUCCCCAACUCUUGUGUGUGAAGUGAGGGGCUCCCUUCUCCCCUCCAGCCCCCUUUUCUGUGUGACGUCCGUUCCCUCCAACCCCGUGGCAUCUCCCUGCCUUGCACCCGCCCUCCCCCCGUGCGGGGCCUUCACAACCAUGGAUGACUCGGAAGUGGAGUCGACUGCCAGUAUACUUGCCUCCGUCAAAGAGCAGGAGGCGCAGUUUGAGAAGCUGACGCGGGCACUGGAGGAGGAGCGGCGCCAUGUCUCUGCACAGCUGGAGCGCGUCCGCGUCUCCCCGCAGGAUGCCAGCCAGACCAUGGCCAACGGCACCCUCACCCGCCGGCACCAGGUAAAAUCACCUCAGGUGAGGUGGGCAAGCAGGAUGCUUGUCGGCUUCUGGACUCAAGUGGUGCCUGCUGGAGUGCCGCCUUGGUAGUGUGGCUUCUGUCGGGGAUGGUUUGCGGGGCAACUUGGCCCAAGGGCUAUGACAUUCUGCACUUUGCAUAGCUGGGUCUACAGGCCAGUGUCUGUUCAGCGGCUAACCCUAGACAGCAGCUCUAUUUAGGAAGUGGUGUCAUGGAGAGGUUGAGCAACCAAUGUUGAGUGAGUGGCUAGAUUUUGCUUUCACAGUGCCUAGUGUCAUAUGAAAUAAAAACCACCAUCCAUGUUGAAGUAGAAACUGAAGUGCUUCUCCUUGGGAGACAGACCCUCCUUUAUAGGAGUCCACCUCAUGGAAAGUGGUGGACUCUCCUUUCAUUGGAGGCUUCUAAGCAGAGGUUGGCUGGCCAUCUGUCAGGGAUUCUUUAGCUGUAAUUCCUCCAUUGUAGAGGGUUGGACUAGUUAAGCCCCAGGGUCCCUUCCAACUCUGAUUCUCUCCUUCCUAUUCCCAUUUUAACUCCUGAAGACCAGUAGUAUAUCAUACCAUACUUAGAAGUCUGGUUCACCUAUAACACUAAGCCCAAACACAUUGAAGUGUGGAUGAGUGAGCCUGCAGGUUCUCAGAGCAGAACGUGCGGCCACUUCACAUCUAUUCUAGUCCUACUGCCACUGCCACAGUACUAAGAACUAAGCCAUGGCUUGGCUUAUUGGGACCUUCAAGACCAGGCUCAUGGUUUACCUCACUCCAGAUGAGCCAUGCGUGGUAAGUCAUAAACAAACCUUGGCUACAACUUGUGGUUUGAUGUAAUGCUAGGCCAAACCAUGGCUUAACUCUGGGUAACAGCAGCAGGACAGGAGCAAACCAGCUGUGAUUUUUGCCCAGAGUACCCCCAAACCCAUUCCCUCAUGGUUUGCCUUAAUGUUAGGCUUGAAGUGGGCCAGUGUGUGCUUGUAUUGAUUACUGAUGGUUCAGAGUGUGUAUCUGUGUAACGGGAUGCCCAGCAAAGAAGUGGAGUUAGCUGCUGUAGUGCUUUCUAGAGAACAUCCUGGAUAUGGGGAUCUUGGUGUAAAAAAUAAUAAUAAGCCAGAGUUCUUCAUUUAAGCUGCUGUAGAACAAUCAAAACUUCCUUGCCCUAGCUGCUCAUAAUGGCAACCCUCGUUCUUUGAUAGCAAAGUGCCCUCAAAUUCAGACACAUCAGGAUGAAGUAGCAUGAAGGAAAUGUCUCGGGUAGAUGUGGAGAAAACCCCCAGAUGACUUUUUUUUGAGGCUUUUAAGCCAAGCUCAUCUUGCCUUUCCCUUUCUGUUUGAUUACUGCUAGCUAUUUGCGUUUUGUACUUCUCGACCUCAGUUGUAGGGUUGAGGGAAGUAGACAGCGCCAAAGGAUACUUAUUAAGCUUGCGGUUGCUAUUUUGAGUCCUGUUUAGUUCAGAAGUUCUGCCCCAACAGGGAUGGAAACUGUUUGGGAUGCACACAAGAACAGAGCUGCAGGGGUCUGCAAGGUGGUGUUGAACUUGAGUGCUCUACUUGGAAGAUCCUGCAUUUAAUUCCUUUUCACUCUGGAGGGGAGAGGUCUGCUGAGAUGGGUCACCCGCAUUCUUUUUGUAGGAUGGAGAUGGGACUUGAGACUUUUGAGCUGUUGUGGCCAUGGGCUGCUUUUCCCAGUCUCUGAACUGUUUUCUCAAGGUGAUCUUCCAUGUGCUUUAGUUAGCUACCUUAGUUAAGAGCUCUUGGUGCCUUUUGGGUUGUGGCAGCAUGCAGUCUUUUUUAGUUCUUUCUGGGAUGCUGCAUUCUCUCCCUGCAUAGGGUUUCAUAGAUGGACAGGAGAACUUGUCCUUUUCUCUCUCCACCUGUGAGGAAGCGUAAACCUCUUAAGGAGCUACCUAACACUCUGCAACCUAUAUGUAUUGUGUUACUUGCUAAUUGCGCCAGACCAGCCUUCUAGCUUCUUCACUUUAUGGUGAGCCAUAAACUCAACCAGGGCUGAACUUGCUCAAUUGCCACAGGUGACUUCCACUCCCCCGCCCCCCCUUAUUUCCCCUGAUUGUGGACACAAAUGCACCACUAUUUUCUUUUACAGAACGGCCGUUUCUUGGGCAAUGCUGACCUGGAGAGACAGAAAUUCUCUGAACUGAAACUCAACGGACCACAGGUAAAGAACGGAACUGAAAACUUCUUUCUGGCAGGUGGCACUAAUUUGCUGAAGGUGUUGUUGCUUUUUUCAAGGGGAUCUAACCUGAUGUGAAAAUUCGGGCUGGAUUCUUUGAGGUUCUCCAAUCUGUAGCCUGUGGUGGGUGGGAUGGGCCUACGUUUUUCCUCCAUAAAAUGUUGAGAAACUGUUAUGCACGUGGAGAGGAAGUCUGAGUCACUUUCUCUCCUACUCUUGCGUUGAAUGGAAAGCCACUCAGUGGUUGACGUCCUAUUUUGUUGCAUGAAUUUACUGUGGUUUGAACUGGAACUUGGGUUCAAAAGCCUUAAAUAGCAGUGUCUAAAGAGAAAAAAAACCCUUUUUGUGUAUGCGCUUCCUGAGAGAGAGACUGGGUAUUAAAGGGAACUUGGCAGGUUGUGCCUGGCUUAUAGGAAGUGUGCAGAAUUGUCUGGGCAGAAUUGGGCUGCUGCUGAUCUGUAUCUCCGUCUCCUUAGGACCACAGUCACCUCAUAUACAGCACCAUUCCCAGGAUGCAAGACCCAGGACAGAUUGUGGAAGAGACCUACACUAUGGAGGAGGAUCCCGAGGGUGCCAUGUCAGUUAUUUCGGUGGAGACCUCUGAUGAUGGGAAAACUCGCCGUACAGAGACCACGGUGAGAGGCUUGAGAAGAAUUGCAGGUUCUGAUAUUGUGAAAUGUGCCCCUUAUUUAGUAGCUGGGUUGGGAAGAGAUUAGGCUUGUGUGUACCAGACACUUGACAGCAAAGAACUGCUGGGGCUUAGAACACCCAAACAAGUGGUGUUUUAAAUUUCCAUUAGUGGCAGCUGCCUCUAUGCAGUGAUCUAAAGUAGUUUUCGCUGCUUCGUUUGUUAUCCCCAAAAGUCUAUGCAGGCACAGUGAAGGCAACUUAAUUCACCAGUAGAGGGAGGCCUGCAGGAUUGCGCUCGCUCCCCUCCCUCAUUUCUGGGAGCAUGAAUUCAACCUGUCUAGCCUAACUGCCAUUCAUGUUUAUUGGUGGAGAUGUAGACAGCAGACAGAACUCACCAAGGUAUCCAUUUUAACAGAGGAGCAGGAUAUAAGCUGGGCAGGAAGGAGGGAGAAUGUGAUUCUGCCACCAGCUCCUAAUAGCUUAGCCAGGCUUAACCAAUGGGCAAUAUUGCAUUGUGCUUAACCAAAGUGUCCCAGAAGCAGGAUUCUGAGAACUGCAGCUCUGCCAGUUCUCUCAGCAAGAAAACAUUUAGGGUUGGACUUAACUCGCCUGCAGUGCACAAGUUUUGCAAGCACCUGCAAAGGUCUAUGAAAGGUGUACCACCAUGUGGUGUUGAGCUUCCCGCUUACAUCAUGGCUAAUGGCAAAGGAUGAUGGGAGUUGUAGUCCAGCAUCUGGAGGGUGCCACAUUAGCUACCCUGCCGUCUAGAAAGACGGCCCAGAACAAGAGCCACGGAGGGUAAAAAGAGCAAGACCAUGUGGAAGUAAUGGGGAAAUACCACAAAGAAAUCAGUGUUUCCAGCUUGGCAGUGACUACUUUGGGGUCAAAGGCGCUGGCAGAUGCCUAACAGCUCCCGUUACUGUUGUGUAGGUGAAGAAGGUUGUGAAGACCAUGACCACGCGCACAGUGCAGCAAGUUCCUGUUGGCCCCGAUGGGCUGCCUGUGGAUGGCUCUCCAGUCCCCAACAACUACAUCCAGACCAUGGAUAGGAACUUCAGGAAAAACACCAAUGGCGGCCCUGGGGCCUACAUGAGCCAGCCGGGCACAGCUACCCUCCCGCGAAACUACCACUACCCAGACGGCUACGGCCGCCCGUACGAGGACAGCUACCACGGCAGCGAGCACAACUACGGCAGCCUGUCCCGCGUGACGCGCAUCGACGAGCGCUACCGCCCCUCCAUGGACGGCUACCGGGCCCCCAGUCGGCAGGAUGUCUAUGGGCCUCAGCCGCAGGUGCGGGUAGGGGGAAGCAACAUGGACUUGAACCGCUUCCACCCAGAGCCUUACGGGUUGGAGGACGACCAGCGCAGCAUGGGAUACGAUGACCUCGAUUACGGCACCAUGCCAGACUAUGGUACUGCCAGGCGGACUGGGACUCCCUCCGACCCCCGCCAGAGACUCAGGUAGGAGCAUUCUGCUUGGCAUUCUAGGGCAGAUGGUGGCAAUGAUUCUGCCAUGAUAGAGAAUCUGUUAAAGUGACGCUGGAGGGGUGGACAUGCGCUCAUUCUUGAGAAACAUGAUGAAGACAUGCUUUUACCAUAGCUCUUUGAGACACUGCUGUCGUUCCGAGUGACAAUGCAGUCUCUAAAGCGAGAUUUAGAGUUGUACAGACUUGGCCUUGGGAUUCAGGGAUGAGCAGAAUUUUUCUAGAGGACUCUGCUCAUCUGCUUUUGUCCCGUCAGUUAAAAGGGAAAAGGCUGAAAAUGUUCUUUCCAGUAAACCUUCCAAAAAUGUGCCGCUGAAUGUGUGGUGAUAAUUGUAAGGAGCUUGUGGCGCUUGUGGUCUUUUUGGCCUCAAGAGGAAGUAUAUUGAGAGCUCAGCGUGAUGGCUAUUUUCUGGGUGAAAAGUCCCCAUUCACAUGUUAACUCUUGCCGUGUGCUAAGCGAUCGUAAGCAAGCCACUCCAUUAGUCCUCCUCUGCAGUAUUCUCCACCUUCAAUGGGGGGAUGAUACUAAGCUAGCUCUGCAGGACUCUUGUGAAGAAUUCUUGAGUGUGUGUAUGAGGAGUCUCACUAAGGUGCUAGAUAAGGCCUAACUAUAAUAAGAUGGCAUCUCUGAUGCCGGUACUAUGAGGUACUCUUCAUUCCUUCCCGUUGUGACAGUGAAUCCUGUUGUCACUGCAGCAUGAAAAUGAGCCUUGCAGUUGCACAGCUGUGGGUUCAUGCUUUCCAUUGCCAAGAAGACCCUGACUGUAUGAACAGCAUUUUUCUGUUGUGCAUACAGGUAGCAGUGAUUGGUUCACAGGUGUAGAGCCAGGGGCUUCAGGGCUCUGUAUCAAGAUUCAAAUACUUGCAUGGUGUAUAAAUCUUACUAAAUAAAUAGAUAAACCUAGGGCUUACCAGGUUUUUUGUGUGUGGCCUGGGAUCAUAUUUGGAAAUCUAAAACUGUCAUGGUCACCACAAAAUACCCAGUAUACCUGAAGGAGCGUCUCCACUCGCAUUGUUCACCCCGGACACUGAGGUCCAGCUCCGAGGGCCUUCUGGCGGUUCCCUCACUGCGAGAAGUGAGGUUACAGGGAACCAGACAUAGGGCCUUGUCGGUUGUGGCGCCCGCCCUGUGGAACGCCCUCCCAUCAGAUGUCCAAGAAAUAAACAACUAUCUGACUUUUAGAAGACAUCUGAAGGCAGCCCUGUUUAGGGAAGUUUUUAAUGUUUGAUGUUUUCUUAUGUUUUGAUAUUCUGUUGGGAGCUGCCCAGAGCGGCUGGGGAAACCCAGCAAGAUGGGCGGGGUAGAAAUAAAUAUCAUCACCAUCAUCAUCAUCAUUUCUCACAGGAAAAACAGCCAGAACUUACCCACCACAAACAAACAAAACCUAAAACAUGUAAAAUGGGCAACAUGCCCCCCAAAACAAAUAAAGCAGACACAUGCACAUACACCGCCCCCCCUCAGAGACACACACCCAAAGAGCAGGCAAAAUACCCUCAAACAGAUUUUUAAAAAGUUGACACAUUCAUGCUUGCUUUCUCUUGUAUCCACCUAAAAAAAGGAAUCUGCCGCCCACUCUCCAAUCUCAGAGAUUUAGCAGGCAGUGGCUUUUUUCUCCUGAGAAGUUUCAAAAGAAGGCUGCUGCAUCAUCUUUCUUCCUUUCCAGUGAAGAAUGCCUCUGGGCUUACAUGGGACCCAAAGGCGUUCUGGGGAAUGGAAAGGGAGAGGUGGGGCAGCUGGCGGCCGGCAGUUCUCUUUCCAGCCAGUGCAGCUGCUGCUGCCGAAGUGUAAAAAAAUAGGAACAACAACAACAACAAAGUAGGUAGUGGUUGCAGUUGCCAGAUGGGCACCAAGAGUUGUGUGUUCCGAUGUCUGCAAGUGCUGCAUGGGGGACCCCAGACUUAACCUUCUCUUUUCUUGUUUGCCUAAUGGUGGCAUAGGUUUACAGUCAAAUGGGUGUUUUCAGAUGGGGGCUUAAGGCUACAAAUAGGUCAAUGGCAACAUUUUUUAAGAAAUUGAUUUCACCCAGAAAGGGUAAAUCCCCCAGAAAGGGUAAAUGGGGUGGAGAUUCAGAUUAUAGUAGGCUGAUGACACCGGCAUUGUGUGGAUGCUGCGAAAAACUUCUAUGUGUGAGAAGCACUGAUCCCACAGUAAAGGCCUGUCCCCUUGCUUUGGUGUAGUAUGAUCUUGCGAAUAUCAGCUUCCAUUGAAAAAACCCCGCAUCCCAACCACCCAGACUUAAAUACCCUGAUUUGUUGUGGAGACACAGGGUUGAUAAUUUAUCUUAGCUAUUCAGAUAGAAAGAGGGUUGUUAAAAGUUCAGGCUUUUGGCAAAAUGGAGCUGAAUAGUCACAAACUCCACGGCAUAGUUUCCAUUCCUCUUCUGUGGUCUCCUACCUGUCUUCUGCUGCUUCGUGUCAGUUUCUGUCUCUGCCUGUCCUUCGCUCAGUGUUGACCCAGAGUAUUCAUCCUCAGCACAAUUUCAGUUCUGUUCACCCCCUUCCACUGUAAACAGUAUUCUGCAGAUUAAAGUACAUGGAUUAAAGGUAUGUAAAAUGACUAUCUUGUCUAAUACUCCUUUGCUGGUUGACAUUGCUGUCAGAGAGGAAGAAUUUUGACCACCUUGACUAACCCCUGAAGUAGGUGACUUUGUCAUUAAUCGGUUGUGGUAGCUUUUGGCUGCAGAACUGAGGCCUAGAAGGGGAGAAGUGGUGUCUUCUGCCUGACCUGCACAGCUUCUAAACUCUGCAGGUUUUUGAUGGAGCAGAGUGAUGGCUUCUCUUGCCCGACUGACUUCACAAAUGUUAACAAUGGAUGUAUUGCCCAGGACACAUCAGGGCAGGGUGGGUUAGGGGAGGCUGAAAUUCUGCAAAACCUGCUGCUUGGGCCCAGUGGACUUCAUCCAGUUUUGGCUUCUCAACAGAUAAACAAGAUCUCCAAGAACGCAUAGGAGAUCUGUGUUCAGGAUCUCCUGAGGAUUCUCAAAUUACUUCAGAGCAGCUGCAGUCCUACCCCAUCCCAGUUUGGACUGCUCUUGCUGGACAGGUGGUGAUGGUGCAGUGUUUUGUUUUUCCGUGGAAAUGUUUCUGUUUCAUGAGCUCGUCAGGAGCAAUAAAGGGAUGUUUUGAUGCUGUUUUGAGCAUGAUUUGGUGGAAAGGCGGGAUACAAAUUUAACAAUAACAAAAAUAAUGCCUGAAAACUCAGGACUGCUUAAAAUGCCCAUAACCUCAGGCUUUUUUUGCUGCUAAUGCAUGUGGAAUCUUAAGUUUAGCCAGAGGAGUGAACAAUUAAGCGACUUGCUCACAUGAUUAUAGAAAAGCGGCUCCUUCCUGUGCUGUAUUGUUCUGACCUGUGACCUGCACAGUUAACAUUGAUGCAUAAAAGCUGCUCCAGUAGAAUUUCCAUGCGUGGAGUUUGACUGCCAGUUCUGAAAUUGCUGUGCUUUGUGCAAGCAAAUAAAGGUUGAAUAAACUAUUUAUUAUUUAUAUUUAUUAUUUUUUCCACCUUUCCUUCGAGAAGCUCAAGGUGGUAUAUAUACAUGGUUCUUUCCCUUUCCACAUCUUUAUCCUCAUGACAACCGUGUGAGGUAGGUUAGUCUGAGAGAGUGCCUGAGCAAAGGUAUGUUCAUUGAGCUUCAACACUGAUUGUGGAUUUGAACCCUGGUCUCCUAGGUUCUAGUCCAGUACUCUAACCACUCUGCUACACUGGCUCUGUGGAAUCCAUGGAAUUGUAGAGUUGAAAGGGGUUACGAGGGUAGUAGUAGUAAUAAUAAUAAUAAUAAUAAUAAUAAAAUUUAUUAUUUAUACCCCGUCAUCUAGUCCAACCCCAUGCAAUGCAGGAAUCUUUUGCCCAACAUGGGACUCAAACCCACAACCCUGAGAUUACUGUAUUUUUCGCCCCAUAGGAUGCACUUAGGUUUUUUUGGGGGGGGGGGAAUAAAAAAAAUUAUUCCCCCCCCCCAGGUGCGGGGCUGGGGCGGGGGAAGUGCCCCACGGCUAGCGGAGCGCUGCGCGAAGCCCGAAGCUUGGGGCGUGCUGAGCUCAGCUCGCCCCAAGCUUCUGGGUGCCGGCAAGCUCUCCGCUAGCCGUGGGAGAGCCGCGCGACUUUGAGAGCUGCGUCUCCCACGGCUAGCGGAUAGCUUCCUGAAGCCUGGAGAGCGAGAGGGGUUGGUGCGCACCGACCCCUCUCGCUCUCCAAGCUUCAGCGAAAGCCUGCAUUCGCCCCAUAGGACGCACACGCAUUUCCCCUUCAUUUUUGGAGGGGGGGAAAGUGUGUCCUAUAGGGCGAAAAAUACGGUAAGUGUCUCAUGCUUUACCGACUGAGCUCUUUCCUUGUGCUGCCACCGCCUGUGUUGAGCUGUGUGUGCGUGUCUGUUGUCCAUUCUCUUUCCUAUGAUGGUAACUAGCCAGAUAACAUCUUUACUUGUUCUGAGUAAGGAACUGAACUUUACUACUUUUUUUUUUUAACCAUUGUGACUUGGCAGCUUGCCCUUGUGAAGAAAGGCCUCAACAGCCUUUUAGUAUGUUCAGUGUCCUCUAGCUCAGUAAUCUGCCAUGAAGGUCAGGAGACCCACUUGCGAGCAUUCUGCUAAACUUCUGAGGCAUGCACGAAAAACACCAGGAGGUGAUGUGGUCUGACAGUAAGCCACUGUAGAGGAUUGAUUCCCCCAACCCCCCACCCUGUGCUCUCGUAUUUUCACACGGAAAGUCGGUACGGGUUGGUUUGCUGCUUUGAGAUGAUAUGACGGUUUUGAUGAAGUUUCCCAGAACAGCUGCCAGGCCCAAGUGUUGCCUUUUGAAGAGCCCCAGUUUGAAUCCCUUGCAGUGAGAAGGGAGGGGUUAAAGCUUGGACGAGUGUCUCUUGUAUGCUCUGUGAUCUAAGAGAUUAGGGCAUGUAGGGAACAGUAUUUGUGGUUUCAAAAAUAACCCAGAGCUAUGCGACUGUCUUGUAUGAACACGUUUUCAAGCUGGAAAGCAACUGCCAAGUCAACGGCGCUUUGCCUCCAGAAGGCAGCUUGGACACUUGCAGUCUGGUGCACAGUGGUCUUCAAACUUCCUUCCUUCAGGGACUUAUUUCCACACUGACUUGUCUGAUAAGGAGCUGGUAUUUGCCUGUCCUUUUGUGUUUCAGUGGAUAUUAGGGUGCCUUCUCUGUUUAUGUAGGCCACUGGCCAGGCCUUUCAGGCUGUGCUAUUGUUCUGAAUGUUCACUGUUGAAUGAACCCCAUGCAACAAUGGCCAUACAAGAAAGGGAGGUAAUGGGAGGCCCCGCCUUAGAUGGAAGCUUCAUUGCUUUGCCAUAGCAAAUUUCCUUGAUGGGAUUCCUACAAAAUAUACGCUGAAAACCACCAGUCUGAAGCAGUACUUUGGAACUGGGCUGGGCAUCAUGCAGCUCCUGAGGAAUCACUUGUGAAAAUCUAUGAAAGCAAAAGCUUAAUGCACUUUAAAACAAAAAUAAAAAACAGCAGCUUCCUCAUAGAAUACAGGCUGUUAAAAUGCUGAAAAAUUGGAAGUGAGGCAUUAAGGCAGGCAUAGGCAAACUUGGUGGCCCGCCAAAUGUUUUGGGACUACAGCUCCCAUCAUCCCUAGCUAACAGGACCAGUGGUCAGGGAUGAUGGGAAUUGUAGUCCCAAAACACCUGGAGGGCCGAGUUUGCCUAUGCCUGCAUUAAGGAGUCAGAAGUCACCCUUUCAGCUCUCAUUACAGCUAAAUUAGUGGGCUAACUCAAAUUUGUCCUGCUUGAACAUAAGUUCCCUUCCUCUUCAAAUCAUCCACAAUAUAUGCAUCAUGCCCUGCAAAUGUGACUUCAACUAUGUUCUUGGUGUUCCUUAAAAACAUGGCAUGAGGUUCAGCAAGAACAUUGAACCACAAGCCAGCUUGACAAGAAUGUUUGCUACAGAUAUGGAUAUGAAAUCUGAAAUCAUGUUGCCUGAUAAGGGAUGGGUCGUCCCCCCUAAUUUGUGUUUGCCGUUUAUAGGCCACCCAAUAAUCAGAGUUCUCUGAGGCAGCUUACAGGAUUUUUUAAAAGCACACAUAAUAAUAGAAACAACAAAAUAAAACCAAAGCAACAGUGUUAAAUCACAAAUCACUUUAAAACAAAGUGGAGGAAAAUAAAUUUUUCAGCAACCAAUCUGUUUAAAACCAAUGAAAGUAGGGGCUUUGCCUUUCCAAAGCUGCAGUGUGCACUGACUAAAACCUAGUUGCUUUCUGGAUUAUUCCCAUCUCUGCUUAAAGAGCAGGUGAAUCUUGAAACCUGUCCACUCUCAUUCAGGCAUUUAACUUUGAAUCAGAGCAAACCAUGACUAGGGAAUUGGCUUCUUAUUAGCUGGGCAGAGCAACAUUUUCAGAGCAGAGGAACACAUUUAUUCGGUGGGAAAGUAGUUAGAAGCUGAAUACUAGCAGUGGAGAGAAUUCUCCCUCCCUCCCUCCCUCCCCCCUCCAUUGUCUCUUUUUCUCUCCACUUUUUUGGGUGGGAGGUUCUGCGUGCGUUUUGCAGGUUUCCCACCUGCGUCUUAAAAACAUGGAAAUUUGAUCAUACAAGCAGUCCCACCCCCCAGAAUGUCUGCUUGAAUAUUUAAAGAUGAAAAUGAAGGCUAUGCCUUCUGCCCUCCCCAUGAUUUAAGGUGGGAUUCCUUGGGGCCACACACUCCUCAGUUGCCUCUUUCACCCCAUGGGACCACUUGCUUCCUCCAUUCCAGCUUUGGGACCACUCUGUCAGGAUCCCACUCCUGGCCAAGGCUUGGGUAUGGAGAUCAGGCAGUAUGCUGAGGUUAUGAAGAAGUGCCUUCCUCUGACUUGGGCUGGUUUCCCAGCUACUCUGGUGUUGUCCAUCACCAGCUCUAAUUGGUCUUGCACAAGCAUCUCUCCCAAUGUUGCUGCUGCUACCCACUUCCUUUUCUUUUCUUAACCACAGGCGCCAGAGCCUGAUCUCGAGAGACCGUAUACGUGUAAAGCAUGACAGCUCCACUAUGCAGAUAUAAUUCCUUGUCCCUUGGGAGGCUCCCCAGUCCUGGACCAGACCACUAGUGUGAAGUCUGCGCUUUGCUACUAAGCGGUGGCUCCCCCUAAGUUGAUUCAGCAAGGAAGCUGCAAAGGAAGCAGCUCUUCCCAUUAGGCCCCCUUUGGCCCAACAUUCAUGCGUGCAAAACCACUCCAGACAGUGGGUGGAGGAGGCCUUGGGUGUACGUCCUUGGCAGUGCAUCUGUGUGGGCACAAAUGACAGGUGUUGGAGAUGCACUGUGUGUGUUUACACCCUGAAAGCAGGGUGGGCUGGGGGUUUCUGCUGGACCCCAUUUCUGAAGGAGUCUGCGAAGAUGCACAUCUUGUUGUCUCCUUUCGGGUUGCAAAGCAUUGGGGUAGUUUGGCAAAAGCAAAACAAGUCUUGAGUUUGGUCUCGGAUGAGUAAUCAUCAUCACCAUCAACUUGGUGUGUGGGUGUCAAGGAUAGAAUAUUUUUUUUGAGGGGGAGGAAGUUGGGUAAUCUUGACAUUGCUUUCUUUGUGCACGCUUGGUUUGGGUAUCAACAGUGUGGGCUUACUUGCUUUUAGAACUAUGCAUUGCAUAUGGAUAUAGAUAAGGACCCAGGGACUUGGUGCUGAGGAUGCUGAUCCAGGUUGCUGCAUUUUAAAUGGGGAUUGGGGAAGCUUUGCAUGCUUUACAGAUUGGAGAGAUGGAGCACAGCUUAACCAGCCACGCACAACUCUGCUCCCAAAGUGGGAGAUCGGUUCCUGGUGAGACUUCCUGGGUCCUCCUUGUGCAGUUCUGUUUCCAGCAGUAAGAAUGUUUUAAAGGAAUGUGGAGCCACCUGGAACAUUAAACCUGUGAGGCUGAUCUCAGGGUCGGGGGAUCCUUGGCCAUCUCCAUCUUUAUCUAAAAACCUUCCUUGGACACUGUUUAAGCUUCUUCCAUGACUGUGAGGACCUGAAAGCUUUUUAUAUUACUAUUGCAAAAGCUGAAGUGCUCUUGGUAUCGAGUCUUGUCCUGUCUCCUGUGCUUGUAUACUGAGUUAUAUAGGCCCCAAAUGCAUCCAUUAACAGGAAAACCAAGUGUUAGAGGGACUACAUUUCCAUGAGGAGGCAAGGGUUCUGUUCCUUUAAGGCAGUGGAAGCAUCGGUUUUCCUGCAUGUUGCAGACCUUGCAUCCAUUCAUGCCAUGUGAAUAGUUUGUGAAAAAAGGUAUCCUGAUGCUACAGACCCCUGUAACCAUUUUGUCCUUGUAGCACCAUGAUGAAAGGGACUUAUGCUUUCCUUGAGGAUGUUAAAAACAGUCCCGAGACCUUUUCUACCACUCCCUCUCAUCCCUUCCCUACCUUCACCUAGCCACUUUUCUCUUUUGUUCUCUCUCCUCCCUCCCACCUUCUAUUGCUUCAGUCACACUUUCCAGGGUACAGGGUGUCUCUUAAGAGGGUGACUGGGACAGGUUGGGAAUCUCAUGGCUGAGCCAAGUUUGCAGUGCAGGUCUUGCUUUUAUAUUUAGAAGGGAUCUUGGGGAGUUAAGCCAGCACCCUGCAUGAAAUGUAAGACCUCCAGAGGCAUUUGCAGUCAUUUGCUCCUAAGCAGAUCUUGACUGUGUUCAGCUUGGGUGUGUGGUAGCUCAGUUGUGCCAUGUCAGAAUUUGGUGUCCUUGAAAUCUCACCAUCUAAUCUAACGGGAGUGUCUGCCUGGCUUAAUUACUGCACACUGGAAGUAUUGCAAAGCGGAAGGCCUGGCUGAAUAAAGCACUGGAAGUCUUCUUCUGAAUCUUGGGUGUGUUUGGGGCAGGAGCAGGUUGGAUGACCUACAAAAUGCAAUGCCUGCGGUUUGACACAGAUGGUGCCAAGUUGCCCUCUGGUGGCCAGGCUGCAGUAACAUACGAGAAAUGUCUAUAUCUUAAAGGAGGCGAAAGGUGCUGGAAAAAUCCCCAGUGACAAAACUACCUGGGAACUUGCUCACCUCUCUUUAAGAACAACAGCCAUUUCUUCCUGGGCCCAGCUUAAGCCGCUAGUGUAAGCUGCUAUCAUUGUUAUUGUCUGCUUCUAAUUUCAAGACAAUCCCAGCACUUGGGUGCUUGACCCCGAGAGCUUGUGGUCACCUACGUAUCUGAAAAGUUGAACAAGAAAGGAAAGUCAAGGUGAUGCAGGGAAAGAGGGCCUUCUUACUUGGUUAUACUAGGAAGUUCUGCCACCACCUGUUCCUUGCAGCGGUUCUCAACCUGUGGGUCCCCAGAUGUUGUUAGACUACAACUCCCAUCAUCCCUGAGCUCUGGCCUUGCUAGCUAUGGAUGAUGGGAGUUGUAGUUCAACAACAUCUGGGGAUCCACAGGUUGAGAAAGGUUGUGCUAGAGGAUUGGCUGUUCGGGCACAGCUUUUUGGGCCACACUUUCAGCUUUUAGCAUGGCAGCAGUGGGGAUGCUAUGGCAUGACUGGGUCCCUGCGUUACCUUAUCCUACCAAGAAAUUUAAACAGGUGGUUGGUGAUGGUGGAACCCCUUCUCAAUCCUUGUCCCACAGGUCUCUUUUGUAGAUAGGCAGACCAGCCUGGUUCCUGUCUGUGGCAGUUCAGCUGCUUUGGAUGACUGACGGAUCCUGAAAGUAACUUGCUUCUCUUCCUCCCUCCUUUGCAGGAGUUACGAGGACAUGUUGGUGGAUGAUUUGGCUAGAGACCAGUACUACUGGGCCCCCCUUGCCCAGCACGAGAGGGGCAGCCUAGCCAGCAUGGAUAGCCUGCAGAAAGGGGGCCCGCCCCCGCCCAACUGGCGCCAGCCCGAGCUCCCCGAGGUGAUCGCCAUGCUGGGCUUCCGCCUGGAUGCGGUGAAGUCCAACGCCGCGGCCUACCUGCAGCACCUGUGCUACCGCAACGACAAGGUGAAGACGGAGGUGCGCAAGAUGAAGGGCAUUCCGGUGCUGGUGGAGCUGCUGGACCACCCCAAGAAGGAGGUGCACUACGGGGCAUGCGGGGCCCUGAAGAACAUCUCCUACGGCCGGGACCAGGACAACAAGAUCGCCAUCAAGAACUGCGACGGUGUCCCUGCUCUGGUGCGACUGCUAAGGAAGGCGCGCGACAUGGACCUCACCGAGGUCAUCACAGGUAAUUUCUGGGCCCUGGGAGGGAAGGUGGAGGUGGAGGCAUCGGAGCUCUCCCAGGCACUCCUUGACCAGGCAAACUCUUUCUCUUGGUGCAGGAACACUCUGGAACCUGUCCUCUCACGACUCGAUAAAAAUGGCCAUUGUGGACAAUGCCUUACAUGCCCUCACGGAUGAGGUCAUCAUCCCACGCUCUGGAUGGGAGAGGGAGCCCAGUGAGGACUCGAAACCCCGCCACAUAGAGUGGGAGUCGGUGCUCACCAACACCAUUGGCUGCCUUAGGUAAGCUGGGGCUGCCCUGCACCUCCAGGCACACCUUCGUGCUCCGUGUGCUGGAGGCCGUUGAUCUGCAUGUGAACUUUAAGCAGACACCUGAGUGACCCUGCUGUAGGUGCCUGGCUGAUGUUCACGGCGAGCACAUUCCAAAGUUGGAUGCCACCACACAAAAGGCCCUGCUCUUAGCAGACGUAAGGCAAGCCUGAUGUUUGCCAGCUUAUUGGGAGGAGGCUUUGGUAGAAGUGAGAUGAACCAUUUAGACUGGACUCUUGGAGCUGAGAUUGGUGCCUUCUAAUAAACUGGAGAUGCUAUAACUUGAGAAGACCAAAGAACUCCUGCUUUGCCUUAAUCUUGAAUUCCUGACUGCAGGUCAUUGGAGCAAUGUACUCUGGUGUCUGCCCCCUAAUUCUGGCUGGGCUAAAAGAUGGGCCACACAGAGAAGAAACAAGAUGAAGUUGCUGGUCUUCCUGGCUGCCUUGUGUUUUUUUGGUUUUCUUUUUGCUGCUGCAGCAGCAGAAAAUUGGGUGACAGAGAGGCAGUGUUGGAGCUGAAAUAGAUAGCCCAUGAGGUCUACAAUCAGCCUGAUUAGGACGGUGUAGCAGGUUGUAUGAGGAAAAGGCUGGAAAAGGCUUCUGCCAUGAUGUUUGACGGUUCCCACCAGAGGCUUGAAAUCUCCACACAAACCCAGCACAGACUUGAGAGUGAAAAUGUGGCCUAAAUUUAAGCACAGGAAAGCAGACAGGCUUUAACAGCCACUACCUGAUAGUGUCUCCAUCUUUCUAAUGUUUCUUUUUCUCUUUUUGUAGAAAUGUCAGCUCGGAGAGGAGUGAAGCCCGCCGAAAGUUGCGGGAGUGUGAUGGGCUAGUGGAUGCCCUCAUCUACAUUGUCCAAGCAGAGAUUGGCCAGAAAGAUUUAGACAGCAAGGUAAAGGGAGUGUGGGAGGAGGUAGUCCUAUUCUAGUUGCCACUUGCCCUUCUGGGGGUAGGGAGAGAUUAUUCUGCACCAAAUGCAAUGUGCUGUGUUUGCCUGUCUUCUGAUUUUCCCCUUUUCUGAGAGCGGCAUUUAGGUGGUUAUGAGAGGCUUUACAGGGCCUGAAUCGGAGAGCCUUUAAUUUUCACCCAUACCAGGAACAUUUCUCCCAUUUUAUAAAGAGGAGAUUCCCAAUAAAGCACAUAGAUGUAUCUGUUUUCUCUUCCCCACCCCAGAUCCACGCUUGUAAAGUUGGGCAUAAUGUUUGCCCCGCCUGCCCUUUUGUAGGGAGCUGCCGCUUCACAAAGUGGUAUUCCACUUGGGUCUCUGGGUUGUUUCACAGAUGCACUAAGGCAGCUUGUCUCUCCCCACCUCCCCCCCCAGCUGAUGCCUUUUACAUCAGGAUGGGGAGCUGGAUCAGCUGGUGGGCCAGAUCAUUAAUCCCGCACCAACAAGCCGGCUUUGACAAAGCUCCACUGGACUGUUGUAAGCAGCUGGCUGGUGAUUACAGGAAGCCCCUUUGAAGUCUGUUUGCAGGCACAGCUUGGAUUCAGACAACACCUGCAAAUGGACAAUGUGGGGCUCACGGAUGGUGGGCCCCCUCAGUUGCAGUUCCCAACUAGGCAACACCUUGGUGCAUCUAAUCUUGAUAGGGCUUGCUGUUAGUGCCCAUCAGUGAGGAGAGGGCAUAUUGGCUCCUGCUCACAGCCUGAAUGUGUUGCUGCUGUCAGAUUCCCCGCCCCCCAAAUUCUUGUCCCAAGGUGCAGAACACUACCAGAGCUCCUGCUUUUCCACCUUUCUUGUACUUGCUUAUUCUUGUGCUCGCAACUCCGUACCUCUUGAAUUUCUGUGACCUUGAUGCCCAUCUUGAGGAACUGUCUGUCUUUUGCCAGCUUGUGGAGAACUGCGUUUGCCUCCUGAGGAACCUGUCCUACCAGGUGCACCGUGAGAUCCCCCACGCAGAGCGUUACCAGGAAGUGCCCCUCAAUGCGGCCAACAACACCGGUCCCCAUGCAGCCAGCUGCUUUGGUGCCAAAAAAGGCAAAGGUAGGAUUGCCUUGUUCCCUGCCCAGCCUUGCAUAGAUGGGGUCAGGCUAGAGGACAGCAGGGAGAGAUGUUUCUGAGUGCUGCUUAAGCUGUCCUUGGCCUCAUAAAGACAAGCUGCUGCUUUUCCACUGAAGCGUUCUACAGCUGCAGUAACUUUUCCUGGCUCUCCUGCUCUUUUGUCUCUCAAGGCCUGAUGACUGGUCUUUUUGGUGUGUCAAUCAAGGUGAUGGAUGGGGGUUUUCAACUAAUUUGUGGCCUGUUUCCCCUUCUCUUUUGCUUUCCUUCCAAAUGGCCUGUGAAUCCUGCUGGCAUCUCUACUCUCUUGCCUCCCUUCUCCCCUCUCCUCCUCCUCCGCCCAAAGACGAGUGGUUUUCGAGAGGUGAGUUGAGCUUUUUUCCCAGGGGGUGCGCGGGGGCGGGACACGCUUGUUUCUAUAAAACAUGUGACUUUGCAAUCUCCUGCCAAAGCUUUUCUCUGCCCUCCUCGCCGCUGUGACCAAACGUGACCAGUAGCACGAGCACACAGUACUGUUCUGUGUUUGAAGAAUACAUUGCCCUUGCUUGGGAGACAGUGCUGAGUUCAUAGUCUUGCAUUCUGCUGGGGUUGCACCUAAGAACUCCCUUCAAGGAAAGGAGCACUGGGUGCAGAGAGGACUAGCAUCAAAUCUGCCUGUGAUGGGGAAUUUUGUAGGCAUCCAGCUAUUUCUGGUUUGCCGGGUCCUGUCAGGCCCAACCAGCAUAGCCCAGUAGUCAAGAAUGGUGGGAACCAGGGGUCCAGCAACUUCUAGAGAGUCACAGGCUGGUCUCCCCUGCGCCACACCUUUUCAGAUGCAAGUGCAAAAUGUGAAUGUGACAAAGCAUGUUUGGAGAUGCAUGUAUUGUAUACGGGUGCCUGUUAGAAAGCUGCCGCUUGUCUGUAAUUUUCAGCUGAGUGUAAUCUCUCUGUGUGAACUGACCUUUUCUCUUUGAGACAUGAAAUCAUGAGAUGUCAGAGGGUGGGAGAGAUAAUAAUGCCCAUGGAAAAAACAGCUAAGUAACCUCCUUGUCGUUGUGCCUGACAUCUGCAGCGAGAGGAGCCCUUUCCUUAAUUCUCUGUUUCCUGCUGUGCUUGUUUUCCUUUCCUGCUUACUUGUGCCACUCCUGGUCUUUGCGACAUUCACUCCUCCCCCACCCUGCAAUAGUUAACUUGAAAAAAACUUGGCUCUUGAACAGAGUAGAUGGUGCAGAUUGGGAGAACGCCAGCUGUGCAUUAUUAUGCUCAGUUUGUAUCGCCUCCCAAGGAAACCUGCCUCUUGGACCCUAACCAAAGACAUUGCAUUGACUUGCACGCUGCAUGUUUCCUGGGUGCGGGUGGUGAAAGUGCCAGAGCAGGGCGUGUGGUGCAACAGCUGCCUGAGGCAGGAGAGCGCCGGCCCCAAUCUCAAUGCUGGUGUGGCGUGGUUAGUGCGGAACAGCAAGAAGUCAGGCCUGUUUUGCUUGACAGCUGUGCAGGGCUGCUAGUCUAUGUGCUUCUCUAGCCUUGGCAGUUUUGAAUUGAGUAGAGUGGGACCAUAGUUCAGUGGUAGAAAUCCUGAUUUUUAAAAGUUCUUCUUUCAGUUUCUAAAAAUACAUAUAACAAACAAUUCCCCUAUACCCCCACCCCACAGGAAGCAUUCCUCGCAUAUACAAUGUACUUAGUUCAGUCAAAUGUUAGUAAAUUGUUUAGAAUAGAUUGCAUCCGUUAAUUCAUUCCUGGAAUCUCCAGUUAAAGCAAGGGUGGGAUGGGGGUGGAAAGAGCAGAAGUAGAGCCUGCUGGAUCAGGCCAAUGACCCUCUGGUUGCUGCUGGACUCCGGCUCCCGCCAGUCCCAGCCAGCAUGCCCAGUGCUCAGGGAUCAUGAGAACUGGAGGCCAGCAACCUAGGGAGGACCGCAGGUUCCCCACCCUUCAGUAGAAGGAUCUCUGGUGGCAGUACUGCACAAAGACUCUGUGACUGGAGAUCCACUGCCAGUUAUUGCCAACAGUACGGGGGUCAGUGUGUUGGUGAUGAAGAGCUUUUGGAAAUUCUCCCUCUCUCCAGUUCCUUUUCCUAAUAUUGUUUGUUUGGGUUUCCCUCCCUACAAGGUAAAAAACCGGCAGAGGAUCCUUCUACCGAUAUCGUAGACUUCCCCAAAAGACCAACCCCUGCAAAAGGUAAUGUUUCUUACCCUUUUUCUGGGCAAGGGCAAUGGCUUGUCUGAUUUCCCAUAGUAGGGAAGCCUCCCUGCUUGAGACACUGAGUAGCCACAGCUAGUCAGAAUAGACAACACAGAGCUGGAUGGACAAACGUCUGAUCUGGUUUAAGGCAGCUUCUUAAAGGUACCCCUUUCUCACUUUUGGAUGGGGGGUGGGCAGAGUAAAUUUGUUUUAACUACUUCUCCUGUGUGGUAUCUUGUUGUGUGAGCUCCCACAUGAUCAGCCUUUAAUGCAGGCAAAGGACAUGAGAUGUGCACAGGGUUUGGGUGAAGGUGGGAGAUUCUUGAGCUUCUCAGCAAAGGUGUGGCACGCAGGUGUGCUGGGAAAAUAGCCAUUCUUGCUCUGUGGCUGCAGCUUCCUUACCUGAAAGGUAACUGAAUAGCAUCGAUCCAGCAGUGUCUAGAUCAGUUGGCAAAACCUAUAUGUAUUUAUUUUUAUAUUAUUUAUAUUUAUAUAAAAUAUAUAAAUAUUAAAUUAAAUAUAAAUAUUAAAAAUCUAUAAAUAAAAUUAUAAAAAUAAAUAAAAUACAGUAUGAUGCUAAGGGGAAAAUAAUACAUAUUUGCCAUCAUUUUAGUGCUAGGCAGUGUUGGCAGCAGGCAGUUCUGCCACGGGGAGGGUUUUUUAUUUUUUCUUACCAAGGGGGCACUGCUAUUCCCCCCCCCCCAGGCCACCACCCAUAUUGUGAGGAGCUCUUUGGGGAAGAGUUACAGCUCAGUGGUAACCAUCUUCUUCUCAUGCAGAAGGUCCUGGAGUCAUAAUCAGUGUUCAGAGCACUGAACUAAAUAAACCCAAGUGCAUAAGGCAGCUUCCUUUGUUUCUGGUGGGGGGGGGUACCUAAAAGGGAGCUUGGCAGGCUUGACGUGAAACUUCCUUCUCUGCCGUUUUGCUAGGUUAUGAGCUCCUCUUCCAGCCGGAAAUCGUCCGCAUAUAUAUUUCCCUGUUGAAGGAGAGCAAAACUCAAGCUAUCUUAGAAGCUUCAGCAGGAGCCAUCCAGAAUUUGUGUGCUGGCCGUUGGACGGUGAGUGGGCCACCCGAGAGAGGCAGGGACUGCAAACUGGGAUCCGCCUUCUUCUUUAAUUAAAAAAGACCUAUCUUGGGCAAAAGUUUAUAGUUAAGGCUGCGGGCAAAGCAGAGAGGCCUCAUUGUGCAUAAGUGAGUAGGAGUCCCAUCUGGUCCCUCCUAGCAUCCCAGCACAUGUUGAACUGGACAAGCAGGUCCAGUUUAGAAGGCAGCAGCCAUGGAAGUCCCUGGCAAUGUUCUCUGUGCUCCUUUCAUGGCUGCAAGGACCGUCCAUUCACGGAUCCCUUGGAUAGCUUUUCAUGUCUAGGCUGUAGUCUCGGCCUGAUGGGGAAUUUCCGGAGUGGAAUAGUGAAGUCAACAUUGUGGUUAAGAAGGCAUUUGGCAAGCUGGGUGUUAACUAUAAAAACAAACAGCUGGUCUCCGCAUUGGAUUGACUGUGGACUUUUGCUAUGGGAAUUCCUAAGAAAACUCUCACUGUACUAAAGUUGUGGGAACGCAGAGGUAAGGCCAGGGGCAUUUUGUUCAGGGGGGAAAAAUUAUUCCUGGGUAUGGAGCGCACUUUUUGGGUAGAUCUAAUAGCUUCUCAUGUAGCUCUUUCACUAAAGCCAAGUGUCUGGUGUUUUCUCUCCUUGCAGUACGGUCGGUACAUCCGCUCUGCGUUGCGCCAGGAGAAAGGCCUCUCUGCCAUUGCGGACCUGCUGACUCAUGACAGCGAGCGUGUGGUGAAAGCUGCGUCUGGAGCCCUGCGCAACCUGGCAGUGGAUUCCCGUAACAAAGAGCUGAUAGGUGAGAGCAGGAAGGGAAGGGACUUUGGUGGAUUUCUUGUCCUGUCUCAGCAGUUGGGUGUGGGUAACACUUCGGCGGGGGGGAAUCCUUUACAAAACACAGGCUAGCUGAGUUAUGCCAAGAAUCGGCCAAGCCAAACACAACUCAUGCUGCUUCUUGAAAGAUGCUCAGCGCCAGGGAACGCAUUGGUGGUCAGGGUCCCUGUGCCCAUAGGCAGGAGGAUAAUGGUUUGUGGGUUUGUGAUCAUUAUUGAUCAAGCAUCAUAGAAUAUUGGAAGGUGGAGGUUGGCGAGAAAAGCCUUUGCCAACCUGGUGCCCUCCAUCAGCCCCAGUCAGCAUGGCCCAAGUUUAGGGGUCCUGGGAGUCCAUCCUACAGCCACUAGAAGGCACCAGAUUUGGGGAAACUGGCAUAAAGUGAUGCAAGGUUCAAGUGUUUUGAGGGUUUCUAGGCUUCUCCAGUAUAUAUCUAUUUAUAUAAACUUCAAUUUCCGUCUACUCCAAACAACAUGGCUCCAAAGUAAGGGUUGAUGGGCGUUGUAGUCCCAACAAGAGCACUAGCAUUUUGUUAUGGCUUUUCCUGCCACCUAGCUAAAUGAGGCUUGGCUGGCAACUUGCUCUGCUGGGUGAAUGAAUGAAGUUCUGACAGUUGCAUUCCCUUGAACAGCUCAGAACAGAAUCCUCCCUCUCCGCUAUAUUCAGCCUGUGCCUUAUAUCAGUUUCAUGGCCUUCAAGGUCUAAAAGAGUCUGUUGGGAAAUUCUGCUUCUGUCUUCUGAUUACUUCUGUUUAUAUUGUUCCUUUUCCCCUAACAAACUCUGAUCUUCUCCUUUUCCUAGGCAAGCAUGCCAUCCCCAGUUUAGUGAAGAAUUUGCCAGGGGGACAGCAAACGCCGGCUAAGAACCUCUCUGAAGAUACUGUGGUCUCUGUGUUAAAUACCAUAAAUGAGGUCAUUCUGGAUAACUUGGAAGCAGCCAAGAAACUGCGGGAGACGCAAGGCAUUGAGAAACUGGUGCUGAUCAAUAAAUCUGGGUGGGUGCAGCUCCCAAGGGGGUUAAGUAGAGGGUGCCUGCACAGAUUCCUACAACCCCCCCAUCCUUCUCUUGGGAAGCUUAUGGGCUGGGCUGUUUGUUCUUUUGUAAUAAUCUUCUGUUCUCUCCUCCUAGGAACCGCUCAGAGAGAGAAAUCAGAGCAGCUGCUCUUGUACUGCAGACAAUCUGGGGGUAUAAGGAAUUGCGGAAGCCACUGGAGAAGGAAGGAUGGAAGAAGUCUGACUUCCAGGUAUCUGGGAGUUAAACCAGGGAUGGAAUUUUCUGAAAACCCCAAUGUUGAGCUUAUCCACAUGGAUUUUUUUUCUAAUCCCCGCCUCACUCGCCAAGAGAGUUCUCCCCACUUCAGUUCCACUAAAAACACAAACAAUUCUCGCGUGUUAUGCAAAGUCUUAAUAUGUGUACAGACGUACACUCUAAGAUUCCUAAAGUAAACAGCACAUAAACAAAAAAUACUGCACUGCAUAUAACUAUACAAAUACAGUUAUAUUAACAUACAAAAUUAUGCCGCAGAAAUAUAGCACAACUUUUAUGUUUUGACUUUUAUACGUGUGAUGGUGGGUUUCAACAAAUGAGCCCCCCAUCAGCAGAAAGGCUUUUGCAAUGGAGGGUCCCCACACGCCCUCCUAAUUGACACUGGAGAGGUCAGGGGAGCCCCCAGAACAGCAUGUGGGGGAGGAGGGGGGGUGUCAUUUUGACUGGCAAGCAGAAAUCCUUCCCCCAAUCAAACACUUGACAUAGUGCAAUGUUGUUUCUUUUGUAUAAUUUUGCAUAUAAAUAAUUGGACUGGGUUCAGGCGCUUGAUGCACAAGGGUGGUCCAGUGUAAGAGCAAAGCUUGAUGAGGUCAGAACUGCCAAAAUUAUGUACAAAUCGGUUCAAAAUGGAUUCCUCCCUCGUCCAGCGUUCUCACCUCUACGCCACACUGUGUCGAAAGAGCAAAGGGUGAAUCCAGCCUUUCAGUUGAAGGCCUAGGUUCUCAGGGCAGGCUGCAUUCAACAUCUGCGAAAGCUUGUUUCUGCAGCCCUGUCCUCUUUAAUGGGCGUGUUUGUGUUGUGUUGGGGUGCACCCAGAGCCCCCAUGGAUGGCAGCCUAUGCUUUGAAGUGCUGAGGAAAUACUUAGGUAGCUAGGAACAUCAGCACUAAUGGCAGCUUAAAUAUACCGGCUGGUUCCUUCUUUUCAGGUGAACCGGAGUAACAGUACUCGAAGCCAGGGUAGCAACUCCUUUGAUGACAGCACCUUGCCCCUCAUUGAUAAGAACCAAAAAGGAGGUAAGUGCAAGAUUAGUUGUAACUUUUAACAUGAUGUUUAUUUUGUUUAAGACACUCUUCAUUAUCACUGAGCUGCAGCAAGAGCCCAUUAGUCAAAGAGCAAGAUAAAAAAAAGAGUGAAUGCAUUUGUUUUUUGAAAGGGUGGCUUAGUGUUGCAGCAACACAAAACGUCAUCAUUCAAAACUGUCGAAAGUUGCAAUCUGUAGAAGGAUUUUAAGACUAUUAAUAUUUGCUCCUAAUCAGUAUUUAUAGCAUAGUGAAAGGGAAUGACCAAAAUUGCCAGCAGGCUCUGUGACCUUAAUUGAAUGGCUUACACUUAAUGCUGCUAUAGAUAAGACAAGUCCCACAUUAGUCAAAACAAGGAGCAAGGACUUUGUUGCUAACUGCUCUGAUUUUUAUAUUCUGUGCAGACAAGAAAUCUUCUCGAGAGGAGAUCCAAAUGGGCAACAUGGGACCAGGUAUGGGAAAUUCAGUGGUAAGAGAGAGGUAGAGAUUGAUUGAUUGAUUGAUUGAUUGAUUGAUUGAUUGGUUGGUUGGUUGGUUGGUUGAUUGACUGAUUCAUUCAUUCAUUAAUUCAUUCAUUGCUGCUGGAUAAACUCCAGCACCCUUCUGUGUAUAGCUGUGCAGUGUUCUAAACCUGUCUCCAAAACCUAGUGGGCCACAGGUGCUUUGUCAUCUAACUCAGUCCUGUACAUGUGAACACACCAAUACAUAGCCAGUCCAGCUGUGCAGAUGCUGUGCUAGGUUCUUGCCAGUGCUGUCCAUCAACCCCUCAGAGGUAGCUAAUCCUCCUGCCACUUAGUAGCUGGAAGGCUAGCUUUGAUAAGAAUAAAGCACAACCAGUGCUGUUACUGGUAAGGUAAGUUGAGUUUAGUUUCUCUGGCUUCAGUGUGCUUGUAUCCUGCUAAUAAAACGCAGUAGGUAGCUGCAUUAGGGGGAUAGCCUUGCUUUUAUGUAGGCAAUCAGCCAAUGAUAGAUCCCUUCUAGGCUUUCCAAAAUGAAACAGGAUUCAUCUUUCCCCUCUAGAUGCUUACAGCUAAUACAUUCUCGUUAUCUUCAGGUUGACACAGAUUUUUCAGAAACGAAGGCUGGCAUAUGUCUCUCUCCCUUAAAUUAGCGGGCUUAUUACACUCUAGGGUGUCCCAGGGCUAGGCAGCAUUGUGGUGAGUCCUCUUUUCCCCCCAGUUCCAUUGAGCUAGCUAGUAGGGAGAACUACCGAGUGGAGAGAAAAGAAUGCGGAGGGGAUGAUGGUCAGUGCUCUGUGUGCACACGUCUUCUCAUCUGUAAAUCAGCAAGGAAGGAGAUGAUGAUGCUUGUUCCCUGGCUGGCUGGGGAGAUGUAAGUUGACUCUUGACGCAGAGGAAGGGAAGAGUGUGUCCUUGCUUACGUUGGGCCCAUGUGACGUUUCCUCAUAUCAAGCCUUCCUCUUCAUUUCAGACAACUACUCUACACUGAAUGAGCGGGACCAUAAUAGGACAUUGGAACGAUCUGGAGAAGAAAUGGAAUCUAUGAAGGGAGCCCCACUGAUGGUAAAGACUGGGAUAUGCCCAUUGAGGGAGACCUCUGGGGCAUAGGUGUUUCUGGGCACGGGUAGCAAAAAAGAUGGGGCGAGACCAAGAGAAGCUUGCUGUCCAAGCUUAUUUUGUAGUUUAUAUACCCCUUGACAGGUUUAAAGACAAACAAAACCCUCAAAGCUUAGAAAACCAAGGAUUUCUAGAACUGAAUAGAAUUGGGAAUAGUGUUGAUACAAACCAUCUCUCCCCGCCCCCCACACCAGUGUGUUUUGGGGGGCUGCAGAGUUGUUAACUAAACACGUAACCCAUGUCUUUGUUGACUAUUCACACCUUCAGCUCAGCCUCUCUUUCAUUUUCCCCAGUGACUUCUCAGUUAGACUUCUUGCUCCCUUUUCUCCUCUUCCUACGUAACAACCCGUCCUUACUAACAAUGUGUGUGUCUACAGCAGGAGGAAGGGCAGGAAUCCUAUGCGGAGAGUGAUGCGUUGCUUUAUCCUCCUAUGGUAUGUCCCGUGGCUUUGGUACUCUUCUGCUUCUGUAUCCAAAAGCAGGGGAAAGGGAAAUACGGCCUGUUCCUCAAAUCAAUAAAUCAAGCAUUUGCAGGGGCAAAAUCUGGGACGUUGCUUAACAAUCCACUUUUCAGAGACCCGCUUCACUGAGGACACUUGGAGUUUGGAUUGUUUGAUUCCAUGCCUGCUUGCUCUGUAUAAAUCUUCUCCUUGUUGCCAUUGGACUUGUGGCUAUGUUAACCUUGGCUUUCUUGUCUCUCUCCACAGCAGAAGAUCUAGAGCUGCCACCAUCUGCCUUCUCUGUUUUGGGUUUAUAACAUACUUUGUAUAACACUUUGUGGUGAAAUGGACUGACUCUCUCUCUUUUUAAAAAAUCUCUUGGGCACACAAGUCCAGCCACCCAGCGCCAAAUGACUGGCCCCGCCUGAGCCCACAGGGCCUCACACCUCCCUGUAGCCGGCUGCGCCCAUCCAAUUCCCUGGACACUUCUUUUUGUCUGUAUUUUUCAAAAGUGCAGCAAUUCCUGAAGACCAAAUACUCCGAUGGAUCUCACUCAAGCAACUAAGGCAGAACACUAUGAAAUUACAAGCUUCUCAUCUGCAGCAGAUGAUGGAAGCCCCAUGGUGCAGAUGGAUCUCAGCUGAAAACCUACCAUACUGGAACUAGGUUUUUUUUGUUUUCUUAAAUGCAGUGUCUUCUCUCUCCAUGGAGAAGAACUCAGAGGACCAGUCUCCUCCUUCUCUUAGCCUAUAGAAUAUAUUUUUGUGUGUGAUUCUCUUUUUUUUUCUUGCAACAAAGGAUGCUGGAAGUACUGGAACAUUCCUGGUGGUGGUAGUGGUGGUGGUUUGGGAGGGAGGGAAGGGGGAGGGGAUGACAAAGGAGGGACAGCUUGUGAGUGACUGCCAUCUGGAUGCAAGAUGGCCUUAAAGAAUAUCUCUUUGAGAUGACAGCCCUCUGUAUCCUCAUAGGCUGAGGAAGAAUGUGUGGGUUUGCAUCUGUUUCCUCCCGUUUUCUUGCUUCUUGGUAGUUUUAAUCUGAGAGGGAUUAAAUCAGUGCCUAGGAAGCUAUUUAUUUGUGGGAGAAGAGCAGUUUGGGGUGCAGGGGGGUUGAGGGAAAGGUGGAAUCGGACCAGAGUACGUUAAAUGAAAGUUGGUGAAAGGGACGGAAGUCUCCAUGCCUAGAAGCAGUGAUGUUGGCUGUCGAGAGCAGAGGAACCACAUUGGCUGUGUCUGGUUUUGGGGUUGCUGGUGGGUAGUUUUGGCUUAAGCAGUGGGUGCCUGGGUUGGGCUGCAAAAAGUGCAGAAGGCUGUUGAAGUUGGGAAGCUGGGUGAUGUGGAAAGUUUGUGAGGGAGGGAAGACUUGUCUGUAAAUAUUGCCCAAAUCCUCCCAUGCAGGCAGGGGAAUGAAAACUCUUAAAUCUGUCACUAUGUACACGUGCCUUUCUUCGCCACUGUGAAAAAGCUUUGUGCCCUUGGUAGUUUUGUGUGAGAAAGGCAAAAGGGCUUGGGCUGGGGAGAUGGAUAUUUUGGCACAGAGUUGCGCUCCUGCUUCCUCUCUCUCUCUCUCUCUCUCUCUCUCUCUCUCUCCCUCCCUCCCUCUCCCUCCCUCUCCCCCCCUCCUUGAAGUAGAACCAGAAUCCUAAUUGUAAUUGCCGUGGUGCAUCCUAGUUGAGUGAGAGAGAUCAGGAAUGAAUCUGUCAACCACCUAAAGGGCUCAUGGGUUGGGGAGAGGUGUGAAAGCAUGGUUAGGCGAGGGUUACGCUGUGCACCUUAAUAGCUCACCUGUUUGGGGGAGCAAGAGGAACUUAGAGGGUCUGCUUACAAUCUUUGUCCUAAUCUGCAAAGCAGCAGUAAAGGGGACAAUAGUGACUAGCUCUGGGCACCAUAUUGGUGACUCCCACCUUUCUUUUUUUCUACGGAAGAUGACUGCAGUCUUUCCCUCCCUCCCAGCCUCCCAAGCUCUGCCUCUGCCUAGUAACUGGAAGGAACUCUGUUGCCCUCAACUCCUGGUAUUCUCUCCACACUAACAAUCCACAUUGCACAAGAGGGGGUGGGGGAAGACCUAAAGUGGAAGAUUUUUCGGUGCCUCUGAUAUGCUCCUAUCCCAGUUUUUCUUUCCUUUUUGGGGGGAGUGGGAGGGAUCAAACAUGCAAAUCAGCCUUCUGAGGGAGGAGUCACUUGACUUUUUCUAAUGUAAAACACUAUUUCCUUUUUUAUUUCCAGAUAAACCAAAAAAAAGCCCCUUCCCCACUGACCAAUUCAAUGCUGUAAGAGGGACUAAUAAUUCACUGACUUCUUUUGUUUUGCUUUUCCUUUGCACCCCUGGGGGAGGGGAACAUCCUGCUGUUCCUUGAGUCCUGUGCUCACUCUGUAAUGCUUUUAAAGUGAAAUGAUUUUUAUAUAAAUAAAGUUUUAAAGUGUGUAUUUGUUAAAAUGGAAUUGCCUUCUCCAA